GAUAUCGGGGAUUAUGACUUGAACUUCUGCUAACUGAAGCCGUGGAUGGCAACGAAAUAUCGUACAUAUACAGAGAGACUAGUUCGUUAAUUUUUUUUCUAUAGACUAAUUUUUAUAUAGCCGUGUUGUGGAUUUUGUGUUUUUGUGCUAUACGCAAUAAUAUUUUUUCGAUUUGUGGAAGUAUUGUGGUGAUAAGAUGAAUCGUCAACAGCAGCUUCAGUCUUCCCAGACUCAGCAGAGUCAGUCUCAGCAAACUUCGACACAGAGGGUAACCCGUACUGAGCAACAUGUAACUCGUCAAGUUACUGGCCAUUCGACAGGCGGUCAAAUAAGCCAGCAAGCUUUCCAACAAAUCUCUGGCUUUGGACCGAAUGCUCAACCACCAGUCUUCGAGAAAGUGUUCAGUAACGCAAGGUUCGCCCAAGGAGGUGUAGCUGCGUUUGAAGGCCGAGUCACUGGUAAACCACAGCCACAAGUAUCGUGGACCAGAAAAGGUGCACCAUUACUAAAUUCUCAAAAGCAUCAGCUCUCAUACAACGAAUCGACUGGAGACAUCAAACUUCAGAUAAGCCAAAUUGGACCCGGUGAUGAAGGGGAAUACGUGUGCACUGCAAAAAAUCAAUAUGGAGCAGCAAUCUGCUCAGUAUUCAUCCAACCAGAAGGAAUGCCAAUGCCACAGAUGCAAAAGGGUUUCCAACAAAGCAUCCAAGAGACGACGUCUACUUCAUAUUCCAACGGUACAAUCACCGAAGAAUUUAGGAUAGAAACGUUCGAGUACAGACUCCUUAGGGAGACAUCCUUCAGAGAAUCGAUAACCAGAAGAACUGCCUACGAAAAAGACUCUCAAAUUUCAACCACAGUUGAGAGGUCUCUCGGCCCAGCUGCACCGCCACAAAUCUCACAAAAGCCUCGCAAUUCCAAGUUGCUGGAAGGCUCCGAUGCUGUUUUCACUGCUAACGUAUCUGCUAAUCCUAGACCUAGACUAUCAUGGUUCAAGAAUGGACAAAGAAUUACAGAUUCUCAAAAAUUCGAAACCACUUUCACAAACAAUCAGGCAUCCCUGCGUGUUAAGCAGACCAGCUCCGAUGACUCAGGUCAUUACACUCUUCUUGCUGAAAAUCCACAGGGAUGUGUGGUGUCUUCCGCGUUCCUAGCUAUCGAACCCGUAUCCACUCAAGAAGGUUUGAUCCAUGAAUCCACCUUUAAAUCACAACAGCUGACGGAAGUAGAAUCGACAGAUACUGGGAAAAAUUUAGCUCCCAACUUUGUUAAAGUUUGUGGCGACAGAGACGUCACGGAGGGCAAGAUGACCCGGUUUGAUUGCCGCGUCACCGGUCGCCCUUAUCCAGAAGUGCAAUGGUACAUUAACGGCCAACAAGUCACUGAUGACCAUAACCAUAAAAUUCUCGUAAAUGAAUCCGGUAAUCAUGCCCUCAUGAUCACAAACGUAAGCCGAAACGACUCUGGUGUAGUAACAUGCGUUGCUAGAAAUAAAACAGGAGAGACCUCCUUCCAGUGUAACCUGAACGUAAUCGAAAAAGAACAAGUGGUUGCGCCCAAAUUCGUAGAACGAUUCACAACGGUCAACGUUAAAGAAGGAGAACCUGUGGUAUUACAUGCAAGAGCUGUUGGUACCCCAACACCACGAAUCACUUGGCAGAAGGACGGUGUUCCACUUAUCAGUAGCCCCGAUAUUCGCAUUAGUCUCGACGGUGGAGAAUCCACUUUAGAUAUUCCACGUGCCAAAGCUUCUGAUGCCGCCUGGUAUCAGUGUACUGCUCAAAAUGUAGCCGGUUCCACCGCAACCCGUGGAAGACUGUUUGUCGAAAGACCUCAAGGACCAACACCCGAACCAAGACGCCUGCAUCUGCCUAGACCAACGAAAGUCAUCGAACCUGAACCCGAACCUGGCCCAGAAGUAAUUUACCUGCGUCAUGUUGAACGUGCACGACCACAUUUGCCCCCAUCUGAGGAAGAUAGGGUUUAUCCACCACCUCAGUUCAUUGUUCCUUUACAAGACGCUGUUCAAUUUGAAGGAGGUAAAGUGCACUUCGAAGCUAGAAUUGAACCAGUUGGCGAUCCAACCAUGCGUGUAGAAUGGUUUUUCAAUGGAAGACUCAUGGCAGCCAGUUCACGAGCCACAUCCAUUUUCCGUUUCGGUUUUAUUGCCUUGGAUCUCAUUAGUCUGAUCGUUAAUGACACUGGUGAAUACGUCUGUCGUGUCACCAGUGCGACUGGAUGUGUUGAAUCCAGAGCAAUGCUUACCGUCAAACUCCGCGCUUCUAUCGAACAAACUAGCCAACAUCCAGAUAGUUUGCAAUACAUUCAACAGUUGGAGGACUACUCCAAAUAUCAAAGAACCGAUAGCAUUGAGGAAAAGAGUAACCAAAAACCCCACUUCAUCCGACCACUCCAAGACCUUGGAGAAUUACAAGAAGGUAGGAAUGCUCAUUUCGAAGCCCAACUUACCCCCGUAAGUGAUCCAACCAUGAGAGUGGAGUGGUACAAAGAUGGCCGACCGAUCACCGCCAGUUCACGAAUCACCACCAUCUUCAACUUCGGCUACGUUUCUCUCAACAUCAUGCACCUACGGGCCGAAGAUGCAGGAUCGUACACUGUGCGGGCUGUUAACCACUUAGGGGAAGCGAUAAGCACUGCCACCAUUAACGUAUUCAGUCGCUCAACUGUAACUGGAGAUUUGGGUAUUCCAGAACAACAAAGAUACAUCGAAAAAGUCGAGGAACUAGAAGCAUACCAACAGCAACAGCACCAAAAAUACGUGGUAGAAACCCCAGAAAGUUCACAACCACCAGAAUUUAAAACUCCCAUCAAAGACCAACAAGGAGUGCGCGAAGGUGGUUUCGCCCACUUUGAAGCUAGAUUAGAACCCGUUGGCGAUUCAACACUUAGAGUGGAAUGGCUUAAGGACGGACGUCCAGUGGAAGCUAGUUCCAGAAUAACCAGUUUCUUUAACUUCGGUUAUGUAGCUCUUACAAUUAAGGAUGUCACCAUUCACGAUGUUGGAAACUACACCUGCCGUGCGUGGAACGCAAUGGGACAAGCCACCACUACAGCACAACUUAGCGUUGUUAGCAAAAAAGACAUUGUCUUUGAUUCUCAACAUCCUGGUGGUUUGGAAAAGAUUCAACACCUUGAAGAUUCCAGCAGAUACAAUCGCCAAUCUAAAGAAGAAGAAACUGUAAGACAAAAACCAAGAUUUUUAGGACCACUUAAAGGCACCAACAGAAUUGUUGAGGGACAACGAGCUCAUUUCGAAGCACGAGUCGAACCUCAAAGCGACACCACACUGAAAAUUGAAUGGUAUUUCAAUGGAAAACCAGUAGCAACAGCGAACAGAAUUCAAACCUAUUACGACUUUGGAUAUGUAGCACUUGAUAUCCUCAGUGUUCGUGAAGAAGAUGCCGGUACUUACACUGUAGUUGCAAGGAAUGCCUUAGGUGAAGCACAAGUUUCGGCCAGCAUGGUUGUUGAAACCCGUGCAAGUAUUGAUACUAGAAGUAUGCACCGUGGAGCUUACGAUAAAACUAAACAUAUUGAGGACUCGAAAUUCGUGGAACCACAAUAUCACAUUGAAGAAAUAUCCAAAUCAAAGCCAAUAUUUGUUGUUCCCCUUUCUGAUCCACAACCAUUAACGGAAGGUAGAAAUGUACAUUUGGAAUGUCGUUUGGAACCUAUGGGUGACCCAACAAUGAGAGUUGAAUGGUUCUGUAACGGAAGACCUGUAACAGUAGGAUCAAGAUUUAGGACAUACAACGAUUUUGGAUUUGUAGCUUUAGACAUCAUUCAUGCUACUGCAAUGGACUCUGGUGAAUAUACAGUUCGUGCUGUAAAUCAUCUUGGAUCUGCACACACCUCAGCCUGCGUAAGAGUCAUCGGCAAAUCAGACAUCAUCACCGAUACACAACAUGAACAAUCGUUGGAACAAAUCCAACAACUAGAAGACUCUUCUCGUUAUCGCAAGCACGUUGUUGAAGAUGUAACUGUGCUUCAAGCUCCACAAUUCACUAGGCCCUUGCACAACAUCGAAACUGUUGAAGGAACUAAUGUACAUAUGGAAUGUCGUCUUCAACCAGUUGGUGAUCCAACCAUGAGAGUAGACUGGUUCGUAAAUGGUAUUCCAGUUAAAACAGGUCACCGUUUCCGACCAGCUUAUGACUUCGAUUAUGUAGCUCUUGAUUUACUUGGAGUUUACCCAACCGACUCCGGUGUGUACACCUGCCAAGCCAGAAAUCAGCUUGGCGAGGCUGUGACAUCAUGUUCCGUUAAAGUUAUUGCCAAGAAAGACCUGCUCUUUGAAUCCCAACAUCCAGGUGGUCUAGAAAAGAUUCAACACCUUGAGGAUGCAUCUAGGUACAAACGAACCGAAUUCGUUGAUGAACAAGUUACAGUGAAACCUAGAUUUGUUACCAAGCCUAAGAGCCUGGAUAACCUGAUUGAAGGACGUCAUGCCCACUUCGAAUGUAAAAUUGAACCAGUAACUGAUCCCAACCUUAAAGUUGAAUGGUUUAAAAACGGUCGUCCCGUAACUAUUGGUCACAGAUUUAGACCAAUUCACGAUUUUGGAUAUGUAGCAUUAGAUGUUGUUGAUUUAAUUGCUGAAGAUUCAGGCACCUACACUUGCCGUGCAACCAAUCUUAUUGGUUCUGAUGAAGUAACCUGCUCUCUCCGCUGUCGUGCUUCAGGUCAAAUUAUUACUAGCACACAAAAUGAACAAAGUAUUCAACAAAUACAACAUCUUGAAGACCGUUCACGUUACCAACGUUCUCAGCAAGUAGAAGAAACAACUACACAAGCCCCAGUUUUCACAACGUCAUUGAAAAAUAUUGACAUCAAAGAAGGACAAAGAGCUCACUUUGAAUGUAGAUUGAUUCCAGUAUCAGAUCCUACAAUGAAAGUGGAAUGGUUCCACAAUGGACAACCUUUAAAAUCUGGCUCCAGGUUUACCGAAACUAACAACUUUGGCUUCGUAGCCCUUGACAUCUUAUAUACUUACCCAGAAGAUUCAGGAACCUACACCUGUAGAGCCACAAACGCUAUUGGAGAAGCGGUUACAUCAUCUGUAUGUGCCGUUCAAUCCAAGAAAUCUAUUUAUUUGGAUUCCGUACAUGAAGGAGCCAUGGAACGUAUCACUGAGUUGGAGGACACAUCUCGUUAUCAACGACAUGCAGUCCAAGAAGAAAUUAUUAACCAAGCCCCAGUAUUCACAUUGCCAAUCAAGGACGUAAGGGUAGCUGAAAAUCAGGCCGCCCACUUCGAAGCAAGAUUAAUUCCAGUUGGCGACUCAAGACUGAAAGUAGAAUGGUUUAGGAAUGGAGUACCAAUUCAAGCCUCAAAUCGCGUUACAACAAUGCACGACUUUGGUUAUGUCGCCCUUAAUAUGAAGUAUGUUAACCCAGAAGAUUCUGGUACCUAUACAUGCAGAGCGGUUAAUGAAUUGGGAGAAGCUGUUACAUCUGCAACACUUGCUGUUCAAUCUAAAGCUUCUCUUCAAUUUGAAAGUCAACACGAAGGAGCUCUUCAAAAACUACGACAAUUGGAAGAUUCUAGCAAGUACCAACGUCGUGAAGAGACUGAAUAUGAAGUUACACAAGCCCCCAUAUUCACAACUCACUUAAAUGGACCUUCCGAAUUAAUUGAAGGACAAAGUGCUCACUACGAGUGCAGAAUUGAGCCGUAUCCAGAUUCUAACCUCAAAGUAGAAUGGUUCCAUAACGGAAAACCAUUAACAACAGGACACAGAUUCCGUACAGCCUAUGACUUUGGAUUCGCCAGUCUUGACAUUUUGUCUGUUUAUGCUGAAGAUUCCGGAGAAUACACGUGCAGAGCCACCAACAGAAUUGGCCAGGCUCAAUCUUCUGUAGUAACUAACGUUAAAUCAAAAUCAGCUAUUAUUCGUGAAACUCAACACGAAGAAGCCCUACAAAAGAUUCAGUACUUAGAAGAUGAUUCUAAAUACAAGAAGGUAGCUACGGAAGAUGCUAUUAUUUUAGAAAAGCCACAAUUUGGUCGUGGUCUGAAAACAAUUGAAAAUCUUCCUGAAGGUCAAAGUGCUCAUUUAGAAGCUACAUUAACUCCAGUUAAUGACCCUACAAUGAGAGUAGAAUGGUUCUGUAAUGGAAGACCUAUCCAAACCGGACACAGAUUUAAAACAACUUAUGACUUUGGCUAUGUUGCCCUGGAUAUUCUGUAUGCUUAUGCCGAAGAUUCAGGCACUUACAUGUGCAGAGCUAGAAAUGCAGCUGGCGAAGCUGUUACUACAGCUGCUGUAUCCGUUGUUAAAAGUCAGAGUCUUUACUUAGAUACCAUGGAUGAACAACGUCUUAAGAAACUAAAGGAGUUAGAAACAUAUGAAAGACCAAAACGUGAAGAAGUGGAAGCUGCCCCUCAACGACCAGUAUUUUUGACACCUCUCACCAGUUUAGAAAAUCUAAAAGAGGCUGAACAUGCUCAUUUAGAAUGCAGAGUGGAACCAAUCAACGAUCCAAAUUUGAAAAUUGACUGGUAUGUAAAUGGCGUAAAAUUACGCGCUGGACACAGAUUUAGAACAACCCACGAUUUUGGAUAUGUCGCCUUAGACAUUUUGUAUGCUUAUCCAGAAGAUAGUGGCACAUAUAUGUGCAAAGCAACCAACUUGGUUGGAGAGGCCGUUAAUACAUGCACCAUUAAAGUUGGCGGACGAAGUGGUAUUUUAUUAGAUACACAUCACCCCGAAGGUCUCGCUAAAAUCAGAGAACUUGAAGCUCAGGGUCACCCUGCUAGACUAGAAAUUGAAGAACCAGUUCCUACUCCACCAAGAUUUGUCACUGAACUUCGUGGUACUACUGAAAUUUAUGAGGGUCAAACUGCUCACUUUGAAGCACAAAUCGAACCUAUUCAUGAUCCAAAUCUUAGAAUUGAAUUCUAUCAUAACGGUAAGCCAUUGCCCCAUGGAAACAGAUUCCAUAUUACUUUUGAUUUCGGGUACGUUGCACUUGACAUUGGUCAAGCUGUACCAGAAGAUGCUGGCGAAUAUUCAGUUAAAGCAAUUAAUAACCUCGGUCAAUGUACAUCAUCUAUUAAACUUAAAGUAAUUCCAAGAAGCAAUAUUAUCUUGGAUUCUCAAAGACCAGAAGGUUUGGAUAAAAUCAGACAACUUGAAGAACAUCAACCUUACAAACGCCCAGAAGUGGAAGAUCAAGUCACUAGACAACGCCCAGUAUUUACUCAACCACUUCAAAAUAUUGACUCAAUUCUUGAAGCUCAAACAGCUCACUUUGAAUGCCGCCUUAUCCCAGUUGGUGAUCCAACUUUGAAGGUUGAAUGGUUCAGAAAUGAAAAACCAUUAGAAGAUAGCUCACGUAUCACCAAAGUACACGAUUUUGGCUUUGUAUCUCUUGAUAUUCAGCACGUUAGAGAAGGAGAUGAAGGUGUGUACAUGUGCAGAGCAUCUAAUCCACUUGGAGAAGCUGUUACGACUGCAUCUAUGAAAAUUAGAACCAAAGCCAGCAUUCAAUUGGACACUCAACAUCCAGAAGCUCAAAGGAAAAUUGCUCAACUUGAACAACCAUUGGCACCAAGACCUGAAGAACCAGAACGACUUUUUGAAAAACCAAUAUUUACCCAAUUGCUUACGGGCCCCACAGAGUUGUGGGAAGGACAACAUGCUCACUUUGAAGCCAGAGUUGUCCCGGUUGGUGACCCAAGUUUGCGUUUCGAAUGGUAUGUAAACGGAGUAGAACUUAAACUUGGAUCUAGAUUUAAAGUAACUCAUGACUUUGGAUUUGUCACACUCGACAUCAUGUCUACUGUUCCCAAUGAUUCUGGUGUAUACACCUGCAAAGCAAUCAACAACUCAGGAGAAGCCGUUUCAUCGAUUUCAAUGAAAGUUAAAUCUAAAUCUAAUAUUAUUGGUGAGCCGUUGCAUCCUGAUGCUUGGCAGAAGAUUCAGUUGAAAGAAGCUGAAAUGAAUAAAGUUCCUGAAAUGUUCAUUGACACUACUCCUCAACAACCACCAGUAUUUACCACCCACCUCAAGAGUUACGACAACCUGAUUGAAGGACAACAUGUCUACUUAGAAGCCCAAGUUGAACCUAGGGCAGAUCCCAACUUAAGAAUUGAAUGGUUCAAAAAUGGCAUUUCACUGAAUACUGGAACCCGUUUGAGAAGCACUUUCGAUUUUGGCCUUGUGACUUUAUCAAUUAACGGUCUAAGAGAUGAUGACUCCGCAAUUUACACAUGCAAAGCAACAAAUAAACUUGGCGAAGCUAUUUCCACAUGUUCCCUUAAAAUUGAAGAUCGUCAUUGGCUUUUGGGUCAAUCCCUUCACCCUGAUGCAAUUCCCAAAUUGGAAGCUCUUGAGAAACCACCAGAAGGUCGUCCUGAAAAGGCGGAACCAACUUACGAAGUUCCAUUAUUCAUCAGUCAUCUCAACAAUGUUGAAUGUAUGGAAGGGGAUAGCGCCCACUUUGAAUGCAAUGUUGAACCAUCCAAAGAUCCUACUAUGAAAAUUGAAUGGUUCAUUAACGGCAAACCUAUGCCUACCGGAGCCAAAUAUAAGUCCACAUAUGACUUCGGUUAUGUAGCUUUAGAUAUUUCUCAUACUUAUGAAGAAGAUUCUGGUAUAAUAACUUGCAAAGCUACCAACAGCAAGGGAUCAGCCUCAACAUCAGGUACAUUGCGUUGCACAGCUAAACAAAGUAUAUAUCUGGAUACUCAACAUCCUCAAGGCAAGGCUGGUUUAGAAGCUGUACAAGACGUUGAAGAAGCUUUCGCUGCUAAGAAUAGACCUAAAGAAAUUGGAAUGGAUAAAGAAUAUGGUAAACCAGUUUGGAUUGUGCCACUUAAUCCAGAAUUUAAACUUGUUGAGGGCCAACCUCUACAUUUGGAAGGUACUGUAAUACCUAAAGAAGAUCCUAAUCUCAAGAUUGAGUGGUUCUUUAAUGGUAAAUCAUUAGAACACGGUUCCAGAUUUAAAUUCACGAACGACUUUGGAUUUGUCACUCUUGAUUUGACUGAUAUUUAUGAACGUGAUCAAGGUGUCUACACAUGCAAGGCUUCCAAUAAACAUGGAGAAGCCUUUACAUCAACCACAAUAUAUUGCACAUCUAAGUCUAACUUAAUUGAAAGAACUCAACAUCCUAAGGGACAAGAAGGACUUGAAAAGAUUCAAAAUCUUGAAGAUUCUCUUCACAGACCAGAAAUGCCAUUAGCUGAAGGAGAAGAAGGUCAUGCACCUGUCUUCACCUCAGAAUUCACCGCUUUGGUCAACAUGACCGAAGGAGAAAUCGCUCACUUCGAAGCAGGUCUUACACCAAUCGGGGAUCAAACAAUGCGAGUUGAAUGGUUCUACAAUGGUAAAUCUAUUGAAGCAUCACACAGAUUUAGAACUGUACAUGCCUUUGGAAUGGUUGUCUUGGAUGUUUUGGGCGUUAAGAUUGAAGAUUCAGGCACCUACACAUGCAGAGCAACUAACAAAUGGGGUAUGGCUGAGCAAAGUGUGACCUUAGAGUGUGUUGAAAAAUUGAAAGGUCAACCACCUAAAUUUACCACUCAUAUUCAAGACAUUGUGGGUCUUAAAGAUGGACAAUCUGCCCACUUUGAAUGUACAUUGAUUCCAGUAAAUGAUCCAGACCUUAAAGUGGAAUGGUAUCACAAUGGAAAACUUCUUUUGGACAAAAAUCGCAUUAAAUCUGUUUCCGACUUUGGUUUCGUUGUAAUGGAUAUAUCUUAUAUACAAGACCACGAUUCUGGAGAAUACGUAUGCAGAGCUUGGAACAAAUACGGCGAAGACUUUACCAGAGCUACCAUUAACGCUCAAGGAAAAGGUGGUGUGUUCUAUGAUAGUUUGCAACCUGAGUCAUUGGCUAAAAUUAGAGAACUGGAAAGCUUACAAGGGCAACAAGCUCAAGCCCCAUCCACUCCAGUCACGGAACCACCCAAGUUUAUUACUCAGAUUCAAGAUAUUACAAAACUUGUUGAAGGGCAAAGUGCUCACUUUGAAGCUAGACUUACUCCAGUCACUGACCCUGACCUGGUGGUAGAAUGGUAUUACAACGGUAAGAAACUACCACACGGACACAGGUACCGUACUUUCCACGACUUCGGAAUCGUUAUCCUUGACAUUCUCUAUUGUUACGAAGAAAAUUCUGGAAUAUAUGAAUGUAGGGCUUACAAUAAAUAUGGGGAAGAUACAACGAAAGCAACAUUGAAAUGUGUCUCGAAGACUAAUUUGAUCCUGGACUCGCAACUCCCGCGGGGCAUGGAAGGUGGAUUAGAGAAAAUACAAAAUCUGGAAGACUCUCUAAUCAGAACAAGAGACGAAAAAGAAGUUGAAGAAAAGGGAAGAGCUCCCGUGUUCACAACACCACUUUCAAAUAUUGACAGCUUAAGAGAGGGUGAAAGCGCACACUUCGAAGCACGUUUGAUUCCAACUGAUGAUCCGAAACUCAAAGUUGAAUGGUACUGGAAUGGAAAACCAUUAAGAACUGGCUCCAGAUUUAGAACUUUCCACGAUUUUGGAUUUGUCAUCCUUGAAAUAUCUCCAGUAUAUCCGGAAGAUUCUGGUGAAUAUUCCUGUAGAGCUUUUAAUGAAUAUGGAGAGGCUGUUACAACAUCUACAAUGAAAGUUCAAGGAAAGAGAAGCAUUAUCCUUGAUUCUCAACUACCAAAGGGUAUGGAAGGAACAAUUGACCGCAUUGCUGAAUUGGAGGGUCUUGGUGCUAUACCAGCCCCAGUCAGCCCUGAUGAUGACAUCGGCAAACCACCAGAAUUUAUUACACAACCCUCUGAUUUAAUACUUGGAGAAAAUUCUCUCGCUCACUUUGAAUGCAGGUUGCAACCUGUAAAUGAUCAAAGUAUGAGAGUCGAAUGGUUCCACAAUGGUAAACCACUUUGGGCUGGCUCAAGAAUUAAGACAAUUAAUGAUUUUGGUUUUGUAAUCCUUGAAGUCGCCGGAGUCUAUCAACGUGACUCCGGAUUAUAUACUUGCAAAGCCACCAACAGGCAUGGCGAAGCUAGUGUAUCAUGCAAACUCCAAGUUAAAGGAAGACAAGGAAUUAUACUUGAACCACAAUUGCCGUCUAACUUCCGUACUGGCACUGAAAGUAUUCAAAAAUUGGAAGAACAACUAUACAAAAAGGAUGAAAUCACAGCUGAAGAAGAAACUCCAAACCCUCCCCGAUUCAUUGUUGAAAUCAAGGAUAACAUUGACGUUCCUGAAGGCGGCCCAGUUCACUUUGAUUGCAGAGUUGAACCUACCAACGACUCAUCAAUGCGUAUUGACUGGUUCCAUAAUGGACGUCCGUUCGCUACUGGAUCAAGAGUACAUCAAGUUAAUGAUUUCGGAUUUAUUUCCAUGGACAUUGACUAUACUUAUGCCCGUGAUGCAGGUGAAUAUAUUUGCAGAGCCACGAAUAAAUGGGGAUCUUGUACGACCAAAGCAACCGUUACAUCCAAAUCUAAACGUAACAUCGAUUUCGAGUCCCAGUUACCUGCGGGCAUGAGCGCAGAAAAAUUGAAGGAGCUAGAACGUGGACCUGUCUCUCAGGCGCCACAAGAAGAUAAAGUGUACUCUCCACCCAAAUUCAUUACCCACAUUGAGUCAUGUACAGUGGAAGAAUCGGAAUCAGUCAGAUUCGAAUGUAAGGUGGAACCCAAAGAUGAUCCAAAACUGCGCAUUGAAUGGUACAGAAACGGAAAAUUAUUACCAGCUGGACACCGCUACAGAACACUUUAUGACAUGGGCUUUGUGUCAUUGGAAAUUCUCAAUGUUUACUCCGAGGAUUCCGGUGAAUAUGUUUGCAGGGCUGUAAACGAUUACGGCGAAGACUUCACUAAAGCAAGUGUGUCAUGCAAAAAGCUACCCAAUAUCAUCUUACAGAAUCAAGUACCGAAGGGCAUGAAGAAAUCUGAAACCUUAAUGCAGAUGGAGGCGGCCAUUAAAAAAUACACUUCUGAGGUGUAUUUGACGGAAGAUGAUCUCUACGACAUCGAAAAGAAGCAACCUCCAAGAUUCGUGACACAAAUACAGAACCAAACUGAGCUGGUAGAAAUGCAAACGACCAAAUUUGAAUGUCAACUGGCACCUGUUGGUGACCCUAACAUGAAGGUAGAGUGGUUCUUGAAUGGAAAACCACUGCCUCACAAGAAUAGAUUUACACCUAUUUACGAUUUUGGCUAUGUCGCAAUGAACUUUGGUUGGGUUUACCCAGAAGACAGUGGAGAAUAUGUAUGCCGUGCCACCAAUUUAUACGGCAUGGAUGAAACAAGAGCAGUCAUAAAGACUGCAGGCAAACCAGGAAUUAUCUACGACUCUCAAUUGCCUAAAGGCAUGAAGAGUAUCGAGAAAAUCCGUGAAUUAGAAGCUGCUUGGCAAACGGUACCAGAAGAAAUUGAAGAAGAAUCAAAACCAAGAACCGCCCCCGCUUUUGUUAGCAAACCUGAACCUGUACAAGUGGAAGAAGGUGAAUGGGCGAGAUUCUGUUGCCGUGUUACUGGUCAUCCAAAACCACGUGUUAUGUGGCUCAUCAAUGGACAUACUGUAGUCAGUGGUUCCCGCUACAAACUCACUUACGAUGGAAUGUAUCACUUGGACAUACCCAAAACUCGCCAGUACGACACUGGUAAAAUAGAAGUAAUCGCACGUAGUUCCGUGGGUGAAGCUAUUGCUGAAACAGAACUGAAAAUUAUUCCCAGGCACGAUGACUAUAGAGGAGUUCUUAAAAAUUCGCCUAGACCUUGGUAUGAUCUCGAAUUAUCCCAAUAUCAGAAAGAGCGUAAUGAAACCGAACUCGAACGAGUAUUCGAUGAGCGUAACACUGCUCUCCGUGAAGGUGGACUUCAAGUUCCUGGCGUACAUAUUCAGAGCAAAGAGUACAAAGAACCUGACACAGAAUGGCAACAAACAGUUAAGACCAAGAAAGGACAGGAAUAUUAUACUAAACUGCAAGAACUUGAAAAUGAUCAAGUAACAAAAGAAGUCAAACUCCGUGAAGCAAGCCACCAGUUUGCCAUUCCUGGUGAAAAGAUUGUGAGCAGUUCGAUUGCAAAGGGAAUGGCACAGAAAUAUCAAGAAAGCUUGGAACAAAAACCGGAAGACCAUCCACAUCAUGUACAACUAAGAAAGACGGAAAAGGGACGUGAACUGCAAAUUGAACGCGACGUCCAAAUCGAUUCCAAAAAAGGAGCUUUCCCGCCGCAACCAACUGAAUCCGGUGUGCACGGUCGUGAAAUCUUUGUCACGAAACAGAAACAAACCCAGAAAGAACAACGUGGUGAUGUGGAAAUAACCAGAAACAUCACCACCACUGAAACAACUGACGUUGAGCACAAAGCAAAGACUCAGGAACGUGUCGUUCAGGGUCAAGUACUUCCAUCAAACCCUCCGUUCUUUACCAAAAAAAUCAAGCCAUGCCGUGCUUUUGAAAAUGAUUCAGCCAGAUUUGAAGUAGAAUUCGAUGGAGAUCCACUUCCAAGUGUUACGUGGUACAGAGAAGAUUUUCCAAUAACCAGUUCACCUGAUUUGAAAAUUUAUACGUUUAGUACAAAAUCCAUUCUUGUCUUAAGGCAAGUGUUUAUGGAAGAUUCAGGAGUCUUCAGUGUAAUUGCUGAAAACCGAGGAGGUACCGCUAAGUGUAGUGCCAACUUGGUUGUUCAAGAAAGAAGGCGUUCAGCUCGUGGGGGAUUAAUUCCACCAAGCUUCGUAACUACCAUUCAAAGUACUACGGCUAACGUUGGCCAAUUAGUAAGAUUCGACGCCAGAAUUAAUGGUACCAAACCCAUCGAUGUUAUGUGGUUAAAGAACGGAAAGAAAAUUACAUCUGAUAUUAGAUAUAAGACCUUAGAAGAAGAUGAAGUGUACACCUUGAUAAUUUUAGAAAUAGUACCUGAAGACACCGGAAAGUAUGAAUGUGUCGCCAUGAAUAAUGCUGGAGAGGCCCGUUGCGAAGCUGAAUGUACAGUUGUUCAGCCGAAAACAGCGUCUCAGCCAGCCAAACCCACAACACCCGGAAGCGAGAAGGCACCAACUGUUGUAGAACCACUUAAAGACCAGACCAUCAGAGAAGGUCAAGCUGUCGCUUUCAAAUGCAAGAUUUCCGGCAAACCAGCACCCACCGUGAAAUGGCAGAAAGGAGACAAAGUUAUUAAACCGUCAAAGUAUUUCCAAAUGACCAAAGAUGGGGACUACUACACACUUAGAAUAUCCGAAGCAUUCCCAGAAGAUGAAGGUGUUUACAAAUGUCUGGCGGAAAAUCCGGCUGGAAAGACAAGUGCUCAAAGUAAACUUAAAGUUCUUGCUCCGGAAUCGCAGGACGUCGCCCCUUCAUUGACUCCUAUGAAAGACGUUAUUGUACCUGAAGGAAGUCCCGCUCAAUUCAAAACCACUAUUUCUGGAAAACCGAAACCCACCAUCCAAUGGUUAAGAGAAGGUUUCCUCAUACCAGAAUCACCAGAUUUUCAGAUGAUCCAAGAGGGAAAUAAUGCCAUUUUACUGAUUUCUACGACUUAUGAAGAAGACACUGGCACUUUUAGCUGCAGAGCCACCUCAUCCGCCGGUCAAGUAGAGCAAUCAGCAAAGUUGAUCGUUAAAAGUAAGAAAUCCUCUUGGAGGGAAUACCAAAAUAAACGACCAGGGACGUACCGUAAAUCGUCGAAAAUAGAUGCAUCUAGCACCGAUAAAACUCAAACUAUUACAAAACAACAAUCUGACCAUGGACCUGCGGGAGUAGGUACCAAAAAAUUAAUAUCAGAAGAUGGAUCAAAAGGCGGUGGUCAGCCUUUAGAUCAGGAUGAAUUACCCGUGGGCGAUGAAUCACUACCAUGGCGUCAAGUUACUCUGAAAGUUAAAUCAAGAAAGAGCUCAUUGGGUGUACAAAAGAUAACAACAGAUGAGCGGGUUCAAAAGCAACAACAGGCUCAACCUUGGACGAAUGAAAAGAUUGUAUUAAAGAAAACGCAGAUAGAGAGGAAAGAAGUGACUAAAGAAAAAUUGGAAGAGGUGGAUUUGAAACCCAGUCAACCCCAACAAUCCGUAAUACCUAAAGAAACACUGGAGAGUGUUUCACUUAGGAAAGUUACUGAUCAAAUAAAAACCACUCACACUUCGGUUAGUAAUUUAACUGGUGAAGAAAGAAAAGAUUUAAUAAUUGAAACUAGUCAAAUAGAUGAAACGCAGAGAUUAAAAGUUGAUGACAGGCAAGAAACAAAGCAACAGGCUGAUGUUGACAAAAGAGUACACGUUGAAGAUAAAACCCUAUUAACCUUAGAUGAAAGAGAAAAUACACAACAAACCGAAAAGUUGAUUACUAAAGGUUGGGCAAGAGGUAAAAAAUCGGAGCAGUUAGAACGAAAACAGUUUACAGAAGAUCAAACUAUGCUACAAUUGUCUGAAGACGAGAAAGAAGUCCGUCAAGAGAAAGCAGAAGUUAGAGGAUGGCGUAAACCUAAAACAGAAACCGUUGAGCAACCUGAGAAACCACAAGAAACCAAACCUGAACAAAUACCGUGGAAUAAACAAGAAAUUGUCCUUAAGAAAACUACACGUGAACAAAAAGUAAUACCUUCGCAGACAUUGGAAGAGACGACACUAAAGUCUCAAAAAAUAGGAAAGCGAUUCACCGAAGACGAAACAACCUUAACUAUAUCUGAAAAAGAGGAAAUUACACAACAUAAAGAAACUAAAAAACCUUUGCAAAAACCGGAACAGCCUCUUAAGUCAUCAGUUCAACAUACUGAAGAAAGUGAAUCUUUAAAAGUAACUCAAACUGAAGAUAGAACUGAGCAACUUCAACCAAAAGGUUGGCGUAAGCCAAGGGAUGAAAAGGAAAAACCAUUACAGCCUCAGAAACAUAUUGUUGAAGAGACAGAAGAACAACCUAAAUCUAUAGACAAACCUGCUAUAGAACAAGUUAAACCCUCAGAACCUAUACCUUGGAAUAAACAAGAAAUUAAAUUAAAGAAAACUGAAAUACAACGAAAGCAGGUGGAGAAAGAAAAUGUGGAAAGCAUUCAAUUAAAAUCUACAACUGAGGAUUCUAAACUAAUUAAGGACCAAAUAGAAUCAGUUGUGCCUCUCCAAAGUGUUGUUGAUUCAACUGAGCAAACUGUCGUUGAACAAACUGUGGAAUCAAAAUCUUGGCGUAAACCAAAAUCAAAAGAACAAGAAGUUGAACAUAAAAAAUUAGAAGAAAUAAUUCCAGAAAAGGACAAAGAAGAACCUAUUCCAUGGAAUAAACAACAAAUCCAAUUAAAACGAACAACUAAACAACAGAAGGCGAUAAUUACUGAAAAGAUUGAAGAUGUUCAAUUAAAACCAGUUAAAAAAUAUGAAGAAGAUAAAUCUACUCUUGAUGAAACUAAAAAAGAAACUCUAAUAGAAAAGGGAUGGCGUAGAGGUGAACCAAAGCAACCUCAAGAUGAUACUCAUAAAAUUGAAGAAAUAGACUUAACUCCGUCGGAACCUACAACAGAAGAUCAGCCAUUAGAAGAAAGAGGUUGGCGCAGAGGUAAGCCAAAACAACAACCAGAAGUUAUUCAUAAAGCUGGAGAAGAAGAGUUCAUUCCACAAUCUGGAGUAGUUGAGACUCUUAAGCCGGUAGAUAAGAAAAAACUUGAAACUGUUGUUCCAUGGACUGAAGAAUCAAUUCAACUCAAAAAGACGACUAAAGAAGUUGUCCAAAAAACAAUAACUGAGCAGGCACAAGUAUUAGAAGAUGUGAAGCCUGCCAAAGCAGAAGAAAAACCGCUAGAAGAACGAGGAUGGCGCAGAGGUAAACCAAAGCAGCCACAAGAAGUUAUUUAUAAGACUGAAGAGGAAGAAUUCCGUCCAUCAGAACCACAGUCCGAAACAAUUGAGCCCCUUAAACCAAUAGACAAGAAAAAACCAGAGAGUCGUGUAGAUGAAACUGUUAUUCCAUGGACUCAAGAAACAGUACAGCUUAAAAAGGCAACUGAACGUCAAAAAGUUACCGAAAAAUCACAAAUCGACACAACACAAACAAUUGAGGAUGUAAAAACAACAAAAAUAGAGGAACAAAAAUUAAAAGAAAGAGGAUGGCGUAGAGGUAAACCAAAGCAGCCUCACGAAGUUAUUUAUAAGACUGAAGAAGAAGAGUUCCGCCCGUCAGAACCACAAUCCGAGACAAUACAGCCCAAAAAGGCAACUGAACAUCCAAAAGUUACCGAAAAAUCAGAAAUCGACACAACACAAACAAUUGAUGAUGUAAAAACAACAAAAAUAGAGGAACAAAAAUUAGAAGAAAGAGGAUGGCGUAGAGGUAAAUCAAAGCAGCCACAAGAAGUUAUUUAUAAGACUGAAGAAGAAGAGUUCCGUCCAUCGGAACCACAGUCCGAGACUAUUGAGCCACUUAAGCCAAUAGACAAGAAAAAACCAGAGAGUCGUGUAGAUGAAACUGUUAUUCCAUGGACUCAAGAAACAAUACAGCUCAAAAAGGCAACUGAACGUCAAAAAGUUACCGAAAAAUCACAAAUCGACACAACACAAACAAUUGAGGAUGUAAAAACAACAAAAAUAGAGGAACAAAAAUUAGAAGAAAGAGGAUGGCGUAGAGGUAAACCAAAGCAGCCUCAGGAAGUUAUUUAUAAGACUGAAGAAGAAGAAUUCCGCCAGUCAGAACCACAAUCCGAGACAAUACAGCCCAAAAAGGCAACUGAACAUCCAAAAGUUACUGGAAAAUCAGAAAUUGACACACCACAAACAUUUGAAGAUGUAAAACCUACAAAAAUAGAGGAACAACUGUUAGAAGAAAGAGGAUGGCGCAGAGGUAAACCAAAGCAGCCUCAGGAAGUUGUUUAUAAGACUGAAGAAGAAGAGUUCCGUCCGUCGGAACCACAGUCCGAGACUAUUGAGCCACUUAAGCCAAUAGACAAGAAAAAACCAGAGAGUCGUGUAGAUGAAACUGUUGUUCCUUGGACUCAAGAGGCAGUAAAACUUAAAAAGACUACCAAGUCUGUAAAAGUUGCUGAAAAAUCAGAAAUUGAAACAGUAGAUCUGAAACCUGUUAAAAAAUCUGUUGAUCAAAUCACAGUUGAAAGUGAAGAGGAGGUUGAAAUUAAAGAGUUAGAAAAAGUUACUGAGAAAGAUAAAAUUCAGAAACCUAAGAGAACGAAAAUAUCCAAAACUACUAAAGAAACAGAUGUAGAAAAUAUUGAUGUAACUAAAGAAAUUGGGGAGGAACCAAAAACUGUUAUUGUGGAGACUGUAACUGAAGUUGAAGACACCAUUGUUCUAAAACCUAUGGAGGAAGAAUUAAAACCAAAGACGCCAAAAGAAACAAAAAUAAAACCUACUCCAAAAAUUAUUGAGGAAACUAUUGCAUUUGAUAAAAUAAAACUUAAGCCUACGCCAAAACAUAAAAUACCAGAAUCAUCAGAAGAGAUAGAAACCGUCACGCUUAAGCAUUUACAAGAUACAUCUCAAGAAGCUAAAGAAUUAAAACAGACACCAAAAACCAAACAUAUAAAGAAGAAAGAAGUAGACCUUCCAGAAAUUCCAGAUGCAGAAAAAUAUGUUCCCGAAGAACCAGAAAAGAUUGAAUUUGAAGAAAAAACUAAAGAUGUUGAGGAUAAACCUGCAGUUCCGUGGCGUCGGGAAGUCAAACCUAAACCUGAAGAUAUUAAGCCAGAGGAACCGAAACUUAAAAUAGGCAAAGGUAUUAUUCCCAAAGAUGAGGAAGUACCAGAGAAGGUUACCCUUAAACCAGUUAGAAAAGAUGAGCCUCAUGAAACAAAAGGUGUAGAUAAAUCAAAGCCUAUUAAAUUAGAAGACUCCGAAUUGAAGUUUAAAGAUUUUGAACCAAUCCAAGUUAAGCCAUCCGUUAAAGAUAAACCAGAAAAUGUUCCGGUCAAAGAAGACGAGGAUGAAACUGUUCCUAAAAAAGAACCUGAAGAAGAAGAAAAGGUGUCUGCACCUCGUGCUCCAUGGAGACGAACACCCAAAUUGAAGGAAGAGGAAAUUCCUCAAGAAAAGGAUUGGCCUAGAGGCAAACGUUUGCCCAAAGAGGAAAAAGUAACCGAACCUGUGACUCUCAAACCAAUUAAAAAGGAAGAAGAUAAAACGCCUACUGAAAAGGUGGUUAUAGAAGAAAUUAAAUAUCAAACACCUCAGGAAAUUCCUUCAAAAGAAACUGAUGACACUAUAAAAAUAAAAUAUCCUGACGAGCAACCUGCUCCAGAAGUCAGAGGAUGGCGAAGAGGUAAGAAACCACUAAAAGAAAAGGAAGAAGUUCCUGAAAAAUUAGCUGAAGAGGAAGCUCCAGAACUCAUUCCAACACAACUAGUAGAUACUACAGAACAAAAGAUUGCAGAAGAACCAGUAGAAGUUGUAACACAAAUUACAUUAAAGGACAAGAAAAAGAAGGUUACAAAAACGAUUACAAAAUCAGACGAGAUGCCCAAAGAAGAAGAGACCCAAGAAUUCCAAAAGGAAAUCGAUGUUAAAAUUACAUCAAAGAAGGUUAAAACCGAACCAUUUCAUCCAUUACCUUUUGAUGACAGUCAACCUAUUCCUGAAUUAGAAAUAAUUUCACAAAAGAGAGUAGUGGAAACUACUGAUAAGUUACCAGAAGAAGAUAUGAAAGAAGAUGUGAAUAUAGAAGAAAGCAAAACAGUUACGAAAUCAUUAAUACAAACUACCAUUGGAGAAAAAAUUAGGAAAAAGAAUGUCGCACCUAAAUUUACCCAACGUGUCGAGCCAGUUGUUGCUGAACCAGACAAACCUGCAAAACUAAUAUGUAAAGUUAUUGGUACACCAAUUCCUGAAAUUACAUGGUACAAAAACGAAGCUGUUUUCCAUGGAAACGAAAGAGUAACUAUAAAUGUUUACGAAGACACAGUUACAUUAGAGUUCUCCAAAGUAGAGCCUCAAGAUGUAGCAAUUUAUUCUUGCAAGGCAAGCAAUCCGGCAGGUGUUGCGACUUCUACAGCCAACCUUGUCAUAUUAGAAAAAGAAGAAACAGGAGUUGCUCCUAAAUUUAUUCAACCAUUGAAACCUCAAAUUGUAAAAGAAACAGAAAUGGCCAUUUUGGAGUGUACAGUAAUAGGAACACCAACGCCUAACGUGAAAUGGUAUAAAGGAAAUGAAGAAAUUAAGCCCAAUGAGUCCAGAAGAGUAAGCUUCAAUCCAGAAACUGGCGUUGCCACAUUGGAAAUUUUAGAGCCUACGCCUGAAGAUGAAACUAUCUUCAAAGUUACUGCUGAUAAUAAAUUCGGAAAGGCAGAAUGUCGGGCCAACUUGGUUAUUUCAAAAUCUGUAUUAGUUUCUCAACCAACUGUAAUGUAUGCACCUUCCAUAGUGAAACCUGUAAAAGCCACUGUAGCUACAUCAAGUGAGGAUGUUGUAUUAGAAACUGUUUUUGAAGAAGGUCAACCAAAGCCACAAAUUGCAUGGCUUAGAAAUGGUAAACCCAUUAAAACAGAUGAUAACUAUAACAUAAUUGUUGACGAUAAGAAGAGCACGUUGAAAAUAAACAAGAAAACAAAAACGAAACAGAAAUCAGGAAAAUAUGAAAUUGUCAUUAAAAACGAAAAGGGUGAGGCUCGUUCAUCAGGAACCGUAAUAAUUUCAGAUGAAAAAACUGAUGCCAGACCUCCUCAAUUCAUUCAACCUAUCAAACCUCAAAUAGUAAGCAUAGGUGAUGUGGUAAUACUAGAAGCCACUGUGGAAUCGUACCCCACCGCCACUUUUGAAUGGUACUGUCAAUCGACGCCAAUUACUUCAACACCUGACACAAGAAUUGUGACGAUGGAUAACAAAUCAAUAUUGCUCAUCAGUGAAGUGUCUCCAGAAUUUGCAGGACCCAUAACUUGCAGAGCUGAAAACGCCGUGGGCUCUGUCACAUGCACAGCUACGUUGAGUUUAGUUGAUGAAACUGUUUGGGAGGAAGCAGGAGAGGUAGAAUAUCCCAGAUUUGUUCAACGUAUAAAACCUGUACGCGUUAUGGAUGGAGAAAAGGUCACAUUUAACUGUGUGGUCACUGGAAAACCAAUUCCAAAGGUUCAAUGGUACCACAACGACAAGCCUGUUGUUGAUGCUAAAGAUGUCGUAAUUUACCAAGACUCUGAAGGUGUAUGCAGUUUAGCUAUUUCGGAAGUAUUCCCUGAAAAUGCUGGCGAAUACACUUGUCAAGCUGUGAAUAAAGUUGGCGAAGCUAUUUGUAAAUCAUCCUUAAUAGUAGAAGCUUAUGAGUACGUCCCCGACUCGGAAUUGGGUCACUUGACUGGCUCAGAGGAGGAUCUAUUAGCUGAUAAGACAAUAAGUGAAGAAGUACUUGAUAUUACAUCAGAUACAGAAAUUGAGACUGCACCUAAAAUUAUUAAGAAACUACCAGAAACUAUUACCACCAAAGAUGGAGAUGUUACGAGAUUGGAGGUACAGGUAACAGGCAAACCAAAGCCAGAAGGCAAAUGGUUAAAGCAAGGAGAGGAAAUCGUCCCAUCCAGUGAAUUCAUUAUAGAAAACUAUGAGGAUGGUACUUCUGUACUCACAAUUUCUGAAGUCUACCCUGAUGAUACGGGAGAUAUUACAUAUGAGGCACAAAACUCACUAGGAGUCGCUGUAACUACUACUCAAUUAUUAGUAGAGACAACUGAAGGUAUUCUGGGUACCAAAGAAUACAGGAAGCCAGAAUGGGUAACUCACAUGGAAGAAUUGAAAGAAGCACUAUCAGCUGCACAAAGUGCUCCAACAUUUGUUCAAGAAUUCACAGAUAUUCGAACUACUCAAGCUGAGACUAUUAAAUUUGAAUGUCAAUUCUCUGGAACACCUAAACCAGAUGUUAUUUGGUAUCAUGAUGACAAAAUUAUAAGAAACACAGACAAAGUGAAGAUUCGCAUAGAAGACAAUAAAACAAGCUGCACAAUAUCAGAGGUAGACACUGAGCAUGUUGGCACUUACGUCUGCAAGGCCGUAAGUGACCUCGGUGUGGCUACCACGAAAGCAAAACUGUACGUCCAAGAAAUACCCGAAACCAAGAAGAAAGAAAUUCUCCAGAGAAUAGCCAAAGAGAAAGAAGAAAUAACAAUCAAAGAAAAAGUAAAGGUUGAGAAGAAACGCGAAGAAAGAAGAAAGAAACGCGGAUCAAUAACUGUGGAGGAAUCAAAACCGUUACAAGUAACCAGCGUACAGUCCACCGAAACAGUGGAGGAGUUCACCAAAUCGGUAGUCGAAGAAGAAAAGGUAAAGCCGACGCUUGAAUUGCAAGAACCAGUCCAAGUGGAAGCUGUUGCCUCGUCCAAAAAGAUAGAUCAACCUUCCCCAGACAAACCAGAAGAAAAAGCCACUGAGCUGAUUUCACCACAAGAACCGACAUAUUCGGAGCAAGUAAUUCUAGAAGAAACCCUGAAAGACCUUGAGAAGUUCAUUCCCAAAGAUCAAAUUGCCAAGACAGAUAUACAAAAGGUUGUAGAGGAAUUCGCCGAUUUUGCUCAAGUAAGACUUGAAGAAAUCGUCACCAAAUGCGAAACUAUAGUCAAGAAAGGAGAACUGAAAAUGGCCAAAGAAGUUUCACAACUUCUGGACUUGAUUAAAGCAAAGGAGUUUGGCCCUGGCGAAAAACCUUUGCGUGAAAUCGCCGAAAUUGGAUAUUUAUUAAGGAACGGAAUCACCAUAAAGGAAGUCACGAUUUUGUAUGACGAAGACAAAUUUCCUUCUCUAAAGACACCACAUGUGCAAUCAGCUUUGGUGAACGUUGUUGAAAGAAAAGGAUAUGGGCCUCUUAUAACGGAAGUUCUUACGGAAGAAACGACAAUAGAUGAAACCAAAUUGGCUGCUACAGUUGGGUUCAGAGCAUUUAUGAAGAUGGUAGAACUCAACUACGUCACUAUCGAAGAGGUUAUUACUGACUUUAAGCCGGAAGACUUUAUGCAAAGUCCUUGGGAAUCAACUGAAGUCUUAGAGACUAUUAAACCAACAUUUAAAGAAAUGGUCACUAUCAGCGAAGAAGUUGAGGUGCUAGAAGGUGAGUCCGUGUGUGUUUUGCUUUAUGCCAAAUCGAGAACAAUUGUAUUGCCGGUCAAUGUUUUUAAUGUGAUAUACCUGAAACAUAAAAUAGUUGUUUUGUUUGUACUAAUAAAUGGCUUAAAUAAAAUAUUGAAUUUAUUUUUUCUUUCGUAACCAGAUACGGGCAAAAUUGUGAAGAAGAAAAUCAAAAAGAAAGAAGAAACUAGUGAAACCCUUCAAGUUGAAGAAGAGCGUUCUACAGUGAAAAAGAGAGAAUCUGCACAUCCUGAGUCUACAGAAUCUGUAAAGGAAGUAAAAGAUAUUACGAAAUUACCUGUUGAUAAAUCAGAUACUGAAACAGAGUCCAUUGCUAAAAUUAAAAAAGUCAAAAAACACAAACAAAUUACACUCAAAGAAACUGAGAAAAUUUUGUCUGCGACUACGCACGCAGUAAAACCAACGGAUGUUGAAAAUGUUACGGAAAUGUCUCCGAUUGAAGAUUCUUCGCGUAAAGAGUUUCCUACUAAUUUGGCACAACAAUAUUCUGAGGCUUUGUCUACCUUAGAAAUAACGCAUGUAGACCAAGACAUUUCACCACAAACUGCUGACAAACAUUUAUCUUCACAAACGGCUAUUACUCAAGAACAGACAGUUUGUCAAGAAAAAGAGGGUGAGACUCUUCCAUUCUCAAUGAAACCUGUCACUGCAGAACCUACUCUAAAUAUGCUGGAAGCUUAUGAAACGUCACAAAGACAAUCGCAUGAAGUUCCAGUAACAUUCGACAAAGAAUUUAUUCCAAAAACAUCUACGGCUGAAAAAAAUAUUUCAGAACAAGAACAUUUGGUGGUACAAGAAGUUCAUAUACAACAGAGUUCUAGUCAAUUAACUGAAGUAGAAACUAGUAAAUCCGUCGCUGAAUCUUCAUGGUUGCCUGAAACUGCUAAAGUUAUUUCAGAGGUUAUUCCGUCCCAAAAAGAAGAUCAGUUAGAGCAGUUCCAAAAAACAUUAAAAACCGGUUCAUUAGUUAACACUCCAAUUUUGAACGCCGAGCCCUUUAUUCAAAAUAAUGUGGUUCAAAUGAAUGAAAAUAUUGUAAAGGAAAAUGUUGUAAUAGACGUGCAUCCCCAUUCCGCUCUUAUUCAAGAGGAAACGUUGUUACAGGAAAAAGAAGGUCAACAUUCGAAACAAAGCACAACGUUUGAAUCAGCUUCCAAAACCUUUAGUGAAUUGGAGGCUUUACAAAUAAUGGAACAAAAUGUUGAGAAUAAUCCCGGCGAAUUUGACGCCAGCUUCAGACCAAAUACAUCGAAUGCAACUAAGAAUAUCAUUCCUCAAGAGGGUUUGAUUGUACAACAAGUUAAUGCAGAUGAUAAAACGUCCGAUAUUAUUAAGCAAAAUAUAAUUAAUUCUCAGGCUAAGGUGUCCGUAAAUGAAUUACAAGCCACCGAAGUUUCUGAAAUUCAGGUAUCCAACAAAGAGAAUGUAAUGAAUGAAUUUGAACUACCCGGAGGUGUAAAAAUUAGUGGCACAUUCACAACUAAUGAAAGUAUAAAUGUUGAAGAACAAUAUCCCAAAUUGUCGGAAGAAACACUGGUUACUAAAAAACCACAGACAGCACAACCUAAAAUGAAAAUCGAUACCAAUGAAUCAGUCAUUGUGGAAGAAGUUUUGCCUGAAGUUAAGCCCGAAAAACAUCUACCAGAAGCCUUUGUACCCACCGAGGUAGCAACCGAAAAAGUGAUUCCUCAAAAAUCACUGACGCAAUCGGAAAUUGUGGCACCUGAACAAGAGGGUGACUAUUCUCCUGGGAGAUUGCCACCUUCUCAAAGUGCAAACGUGGAGUUUACUACCGGCCAAAGUAUUACUAUUGAGCAAACUCAAAUACAAGAAAAAGAAAACAUAUUGGAAAAAGAGAAAAGUCCUGAAAAAAUGAACGUAUCUUCAGAUUUGAUUCUUUCAGAGGGCGUAUAUGUUACAAGUGUUGAUUCACAACAGGCUCACACAGAUAUGACCAAAGAAGAAUUAAAUAAACAAAAGGCAAAUAUAGAUUAUAUAUCUAGAGAAUCUGUUAUCACACAAAGUGUUAUUCCUGCGGAGUCUGAAAACUUGUAUGAAGGUGCACCUCAACCAAACACAUUAAAGGCUCAAACUAAUAUUUCGUGUUUAGACAUAGGCUCGCAUUUAGAGGUGAAUGUUCAAGAAACUGAGGAUCAAUUUGUACCUGACUCUAAACCUUUGCAGGUUUUGGCAAAUGUUAAUAUUAAACCAAACGAAUAUGUUAAUAUAUCUGAGACAUUAUCCAGCGAUACCGUUGAUGUGUUCUCAGACAAGAUUAAAUUUAAAACUGAUAAAGCUACUCUUGAUAUAAUAAGUACUGAAGCUAAAAAUGUUACGGAAUUGACCAUUGGGGAAUCAGAAAGCAAAUUUAUAACUGAGCAACCCACUACACAAACUGUUGAUGCAGGUCUUACAAAACCACAACAAGAAAUUGAAGUAUCAGAAAUGCACAUUUUAGAAAGUGAAAAGAGUUUAAAACAAUUUGAAAUUCCGGAAAGUCAUAAAAGUAAAUCGGUUAUUACACAUAUGUUGACAACAGGAAUAACAGAACAAACUAAUAUUACGUCGGAGACUGCAGAGCUGAAAUUGGGUUCUGAAGAUAUUUGCACUGCUGAAAUGUCGCAAAAUUAUCAGACUGAAACCAUAAUCAGUGACACUAUUCCUUUGGAAAAUACAAGUACAGUUGAACAGAUUAAACCAGAUACUAAAGAAGCUGUUUUAACUUUAUCAGAAAUUCAGGGGCUGAAUGUCUCAGAAAUUAUAUUGAAUCAAAAAGAGCAAGACUAUAAUCCAAAAUUAGUUCCUUCUGGGCAGCAAGCUGUUGUAAAUAUUGACGGACAGACUAUAGCAAGUCAAUCAAUAGCUGAUUCACAGAUAUCAACUGAUAACCUCAAAAUUCCACAAGUUGAGAAGAUGCAAGCCAAUACACAACAAGAUGUUCUGGAAAGUGUGGAAAUUAGUCAGUGCAAUGCUGCUGAAAAAGAAAAAGAAUACAUUAUUGAUGAUGUAAAUAAAAAGAAUGCCAUUAUAGAACUAACUGGAACACACCUAGGGGCAAACAUAUCCCAAGUACUAAUAAAUGAAAAAGAACAAAAUCUUAUUGAAGAUGCUAAGCCCACAAAAAUAACUGCACUACCGAAUAUUGUUAUGCAAGAUGUAGUCGUUCAAUCUGAAAUUGAAACACUAGUACAUGCUGAUAACAUCGAACAAACUGAACCUUUAACAGGUCGUGCCAAGAAGUAUACACGACCACAAGAUGAAUUAAUUGUUACUGAAACUAAUGUCGUGGAAGUAGAAAAGACAUUAGCACCAGAUACUUUCCCCAAUUCUAAACAAGUAAACGUAGAGAUUUUACCUGACCAAGGAAUAUCUGUCACAGAAAUAACAGCUAAUCAAAAAGAGGAACGAUUGGAUGUUUCUGUUCCUGAUACAACCCAAGCAAAUGUGAACAUAAGUGAAAAUCAAGUGGCAAUUAACGAAGUAAUAAUACCCAGUGAUCAGCCGCAACAGUAUCAAAAACAAGAUGCUCAAAAAUUCAAUGCUUCUGAGCACCACGACGUACUGCACUCAUUGGUACAAACUUGUUUCACACCUGGUGAAAAGGAAGGUGAAAAGAUGGCGGAUGUUAAACCUGACUUAAAACAAGUUGAUGUCACCUAUUUAGAAUCGCAAAGUAUUAAUGUUUUAGAAGUAAAAUCAAAUGAGACUGAGAACACCUUGCCGGACACUGUGAUGCCAGAAGGCACACUCGGUAAUGUCUCUAUUAUUCCUCAUACCAUCGCCAUAAAACAGGAAACUUUAUCUGAAAAUUCACUAGGACCCUUAACGGAUUUUGAUCAUAAAACUGGAAAUGCAGUGUCCAAUUUUGAACACCUACAAAGUUUGGUUACAUCAGAAAUGCUCCCUUCUGAGAGUGAGUCAGCUUUAAUAGAGGUGAAACCUUCAGAAAACUUUGCAGUCAAGGAUAUUGAAAUUGGAGAAGGAGUAUCCAUUACAAGCGUAACACCUGCUUACAAAGAAAGUACUUUAGACAAAGAUACUGUUGAUUAUAGAAAUGCUCUCAUAAAUGUUUUGCCUAAAGAUGAGCUUCAAGUAAACGAAACAUUUACUCAGUACAGCACUAAAAAUAUAGAAGAAGCAGAGCACCCAACUGGAUCUGCAGUUAAAUCGCACAUUGAACAACAAGCUUUGACAAAUAUUGAAACUGUACUAGGAGAAACUGAACAAAUUCUAGGUAAAAAGGAACUUCCAUCGCUUCAAAAUGUUGCUGUUGAAUUUGAAAAAGCGACAGCCACACAAAUAUCGGAAGUUACAGCUUCGGAAAAGGAGACUCAAAGGGAAUCAACUGAAAAAGUGGAAAACAAGACUGCAAAUGUUAAUGUUGACGCCCAAUUCGUGGCUGAAACAACUGAAGCAAUUGUUAAUGACAAUGUAACUAAGGUUCCUACAGAAACACCACAAGGUGUAAAUGCACAACUCGAACAAAUUCCAUUAGAAAGUAUUAGUCUUACCCAAUCCCAAGUACAUGACAGCGAGAAGCCGUUUGAAGAUACACCUGUUGAUAAAAAAGCUGCCGCUGUAGUUUUCGAAGAAGGAGUGAGUGUGUCUAUCACUGAAAUUAAUACGGAAGAGAAAGAACAUACGUUUGAUACUCCAGUUACGGAAGCGAAUAAAAAAGUUAAUGUUGACUUUGAAAAACAAGAGGCACCAACAAGUUUAAUAGUAACUUCUCAGGAAGCACUGAAAGAUUUGUCCGUUACUAAACCCCAAGAUAAUUAUGCAUUUGGAGAUUAUGUACCUAUAAAUUCACUACUAGUUGAAGAGACUAUUACACACGAAUCUGAGCGGCUUUCAUAUCAAGAGCCUGUAGAAGGUAAAGUAGGUAAUAUAAUAAUUAACGAGGAGCAAGGAAUCGUGAUAGAAUCAGUAUUACCACAUGAACGGGAAGACAAAUUUUCUGAAAAGUCACUUGAUCUAACUAUGGCAAACUUAGUCCUGAAUGACUUUAAUGAAGUACCGAUUUCAACACUUACUGAAGCCAUUGAUAAUGUCACAGACUUCAAGCAAAAGAAACCAGAACAUAGCUUAGCUGAAGGUUCAACGAUUCCACAUAGUGGUGUAAUAAAUUUAGAACAGGUGGCGGGUGAAAAAGAAAAGGAGUUGGAAGGAAGUGCCAAACCAACAUCAGUAACAGCUUCAGUUGACUUUGAACAUUCAGUUGGAAUAAUAACUGAAGAAUCAGUAGUAGCUCAAAAAGAAGAUGCUUUAGAGCAAUUAAAAUAUCCUCAAGAGAAAAAUGCUCAGCCCUCUAUAGACAAUUUCCAUAAAAUCGCAGAAAUUAUUUUAACUGAAACUUCGGAACAUCUAAACAAAAUUGUUACCAAUAUUCCUGAAGGAAAAGUGGCAACUCCCUUAGACACAACAUUAAUUCCUUUGGUUAUAAGCGAAAAUAUUUCAGAAGAAAAGGAAAUAUUGUUCACUGAUAAGUUUAAACCUAUUACCAGUACGGCACAAUCUUCACUGGAAGAAGGAAAGAAAGUAAUAAAUAUAGAGGAAAUUACUAGUCAAGAAAAGGAAACAAGUUUCACUUCUAUCGAUAAGUUUGAUGAUCAUAAAGCAUCUAUAGACAUAGAACCUGUAAAUGUUCCACAGAUUACUGAAAUAUUUUCACAAACUUCAGUUAAAGAAACAUCUGAAUCAGAAAUAAAGAACGUAAAUGCCACAAUUAAGCACCCAAGAUUUGACGAAGUUAUUCAAUCAGUCCCUGAUAUAAUGGAAAAAGAGGAUGUCUUUGAAGGCAGUAUAGAUAGAACUUCACAAGUUGCUCAAGGAACUGUGGAGGAAAUCAAGGUUCCUUCACUGAGCGAAACAAUUGCUGCGGAAAGCGAAUCUAAAUUGUUGAUUUCUAAAAAGCCAGAAGAAGCUUUAGCACUUAAAAGCUUAACAAGUAAUAUAUCAACGGAAACCAGUGAAGUAAUGUCCAUAAUGAAUGUGGAAGCUUUAAAAACUGAAGGAUUCACAUUUGCAGAAUCAACUGCAUCCCAAGAUGUGCUACAAAGCAUUAAAGUUAAUCAGCAAAUAGCAGUUGAAAGUAUUCAGGAGAUUUUAGGAGAAGUAAAGCCGUCUCAAACUUCAGCGGAAUCGAAAAUAGACGUGAUGACGCAUGUUAAUAUCUCAGAAGUAAAAUCUGAAAUAAAUCCAGUGAACUUAGAAGAGUUCAAAUUCCAAUCUACUACUGCUGAAUCUUCUGUUAAUAAUUUGGAAUCUUUAGAGACUUCAGAAGUAUUCCCUUCGGAAGGGAUUGUUAAUUUAAGCGAUGAAGAUAAGACCAAAUCUGUAAAAGCAGAAUUUUUACAAGAUACUCACAAAGUUCUAAUUUGUAGUCAGCCAAUAACCGGUGAACGCGAAACACUCUUUGAUGGUCAACCAUCUGUUGAUAAAAAAAUUGCAGAAACAGUUAUCGACCAGAUUACACCACUCAGUGUUACGGAAGUUCACGAUGAACAAGAGGUAACAAGCGACGAAGCUGAAGUAAAACCUGUAACAAAAACGGCCAAUAAAGAUCUUAUUACAGGUUUACCUGUGGCUUUACAAACUCAAAUCAAAACGGAAGAAGGCAUUAAUAAAAUAAAAACUGUAUUACCACUUAAAGAGCAAGCUGAAACUACUCAAAGUAACUUUGAAUCAAUUAUUGUGACCACUGACCAGGUACAAGAAAAGGAGAAAAGUUUCUCCGAAACUCCUGUUACGACAGAGAAAGCUGAUUUCAGUUUGCUCCCUAAAAGUCAUCUUAUAAUAACGGAAACCAAAUCUACAGAGAUUGAACAGCCCAUUUUGAAGAAAGAGCCUUUCAAAUCAAAUGUAGAUGUAACAUUAUUGCCACAAUAUGCACAAGAAAUCACCGAAGUUAAGUCUCAUCAAGGUAUCGAGCCUUUAAAACAGGAGGAAACCAAUUUAACUGAAGCAAAUAUUGAACAAGUGCCAGUGAAUCCAUUGGAGGUUUCGGAAAUUAUUACAAACGAAUCGGAACGUCAUUUAAAACGUGACGAAGUUCCCUCAUUUACUAGCGUUGAAAAAUCAAUUGAGCAACCUAGACAAACGGCUGUAACUUCGGAAACAUUUACAUCCCAAGUAGAAACGGAACUCAAAGAAGAAAAGAUAAAUGUCACAAAAGCCAAUAGUUUUAUAGAUGAUCUAAAAGGCAUUGAAAAGUUUCAACCAACUGCAUUUGAAUUGGUGGAAAAUUUAAAUAUUAAACAGGAAGGUUUAAAAACGGCGAAUAUAAAAACAUCUUCUCGGGAAUCAGUAUUAAGCACAGACACAUUUUUACAUGGUUCUACAGAUGUAUUGCCAAAGGAUGAGGCAGAACCGAAGACAGCUAAUAUAUUACUGAUAUUAAAUGAAGGAUUAAAAGUAACUGAAACAAAUAUAGAAGGUACAACUGGAAAGAGAGUGACUGAGUUAACAGCAAAAGAAAAUAUUGCUGAAAAAAGUCUUCAAACCAUGUCUGUUGGUCUACAUGAGGAAACGUUAGUUUUAGAGAGGCCUGAACUAUUGAAAGAUGAAUCGCAAAAGACAUCUUUUGCAAAGAAAGAUAUAUCUGGUUUGGAAAAGCAUGGACUUCUAGUAACUGAACAAAAAUCGACAGGUAAUUUAAAAGAUAUUGAACCACUUUUGGAGAAACCAAAGUCCAAGACCGUAAAUGUGUUACUGGAUAUUUCUCCAAGUUUGCAGAUAAGUGAAGUACAACUACACGAGCUCGCAGGACCACUGGAUGAAACAGAACCACACAAAACACAAGCCCGAAUAACACAAACAAGCACGUCAUCCCACAACGUAGAAAAACACAUACCCAAUAUUCGACAAGAUACAGACACUGAAGUGACACAUGAAAUUAUUACAAAGUUUAAAAGUAGCCCGGAUAGUGACAUAAGUUCUCAAACAACCAAACGUACAAUAGUUAAAAGCAAAGACAAAUCAGUAAAUGAUGUUAUUAUUGAUGAAAUACUUGAGGAAACACCAACUGAAAUACCAGAAAAGUCCAGUCCAAUGAUUGAAGAAAUAGAAACUUUACCAUUGCUGCCUGAACAUAUUGAAGAACUGCCCGAAGAAGUACAUGUUUUGGAAAAGGUAUCAGAAGAUGGAAAAAGUGAAAAGCAAAUUAUUAAAAAACGUGUCAUAAAGAAACAUAAAGGUGGAAAACAAGAAAAGACAGAAAUUGUUACAGUUCAAGAAGAGGGUAAAGAACCAAAAUCUACAGUAACAAUUCAAGAAUUGCUUGAAGAUGAAGAUAAACCCACAGAAAUUCAAGAAUUACCAGAAGAAGUUCAAGUUAUCGAAGAAGAGUCGGAUGAAGGAACAAAAAUUCAAAAGAAAAUUAAGAAACGUGUCAUUAGAAAACGUAAGGGAGAUAAACAUGAAGCAACAGAGAUAGUGACAGUUGAAGAAAGUGGGAAAGAGCCACAAACAACUGUAACCACGAAAGAAAUUAAAGAAGACAGUUUUCCAUUUGAACCCCAGGAAAUUGAAGAAUUACCGGAACAUGUGCAUGUAAUUGAACAAGUCAAGCCAGAUGGCCAGAAAGUAAUGAAGACUAUUAAAAAGAGAGUAAUUAAAAAACGCCUUGGUGAUAAACAUGAAGAAACAAAAAUAGUAACUGUGGAGGAAGAAGGAAAGGAGCCCGAAACGACCGUUUCAGUCGAAGAAAUCACAGAAGAUGUUCCUGAAAUAAUUGAAGAGUCACCCGAACAAGUUCAAAUUAUAGAGGAAACCAAAUUAAGUGGAGAGAAAACUAAGAAAUUAAUAAAAAAGCGUGUCAUUAAAAAACAUAAGGGUGAUAAACAAGAAGCAACUGAAAUUACAACCGUAGAAGAAGAAGGGAAGACACCAGAAAUGACUGUUACAGUGGAAGAAAUAAAAAAUGAACAACCAGAAAUAACAUAUGAAUCUCCAGAAAAAGUUGAAAUAGUUGAAGAAAUAAAAGAUGGACGCAAAAUUAAGAAAACUACUCAAAAGCGUAUCAGUAAGAAACAAUCUGGAGAGAACCAAAAAGUAACCGAGAUUGUAACUGUUGAAGAAGAGGGUAAAAAGCCCAAACAAACAAUUAUUGUGGAAGAAAUUCCAACUCAGAAUUUGCCUGACGUAAUUGAAGAAUUGCCCGAGGAAAUUAAAAUCACAGAAAAAAUAAAACCCUCGGGUGAAGUGAUUAAAAAAAUUGUUAAAAAGCGAGUUAUUAAAAAACCCAAAGGUGAUCGUCAAGAAGCUACAGAAAUUAUUACAGUUGAAGAGACAGGUAAAGAACCACAAACAACUAUCACCGUACAAGAACUUGAACAUGAGUCUUUCCAACCACAAGAAAUUCAAGAAUUGCCUGAAGAGAUAAAAAUUCUAGAGGAAAUUAAACCAGAUGGCAAAAAAGUACAAAAACUUAUUAAACGUCGAGUUAUACUUAAACGUAAAGAUGGUAAAAAGGAAGCAACUGAAAUAGUAACUAUUGAGGAAGAAGGAAAACAACCGGAGACAUCUAUUGUCAUAGAAGAAAUUGUAGAUAAUGGAGAACCUCUAUAUCCUCAAAAUAUAGAAGAAUUGCCCGAAGAAGUAAAAGUGAUUGAAGAAGUCAAACCAGAUGGUAAAACAAGUAAGAGGAUUAUUAAGAAACGAGUAUUACAAAAAACAAAAGAUGGAAAAAAAGAAUCUACAGAAAUAGUAACCGUUAAAGAAGAUGGAAAGAGUCCGGAAACGACAGUUACAAUUAAAGAAAUUAAACAUGAAAAACCAGAAGAAAUAUUAGAAAUGCCAGAACAAAUUAAGAUUAUUGAAACUAAUGAAGACGGUAAAACUAUAAAGAAAACAGUUAAAAAACGGGUUAUUCAUAAAAAGAAAGGGGAUAAAGUUGAAAAAACAGAAAUUGUCACAGUAGAAGAGGAAGGAAAGAUACCUGAAGUUGCUCUAACUGUUCAAGAUUUGCCAGAUGAAGAGAUAACAUUAGUAAAACCUCAACAAAUUGAAGAAAUGCCAGAAGAGGUGCAAGUUGUAGAACAUAUUAAAGAUGGUAAGAAAAUCAAAAAGGUUAUUAAGAAAAAAGUCAUAAAGAGACAAAAGGGUGACAAAAUCGAAUCAACCCAAAUAAUAACGACACAAGAAGAAGGUAAAGAACCUGAAACAACAGUUACAAUUGAAGAAAUUCCUGAAAAAAUCAUUUCUUAUAAACCGGAACUCAUUGAAGAAUUGCCGGAAGAGGUUCAGAUUAUUGAAGACACUAAAGGUAAAAGGAAAGUUGUGAAAAAGAGAGUUAUUAAGAAACAAAAGGGUGACAAACAAGAGGCAACAGAAAUUGUUACUGUAGAAGAAGAAGGUAAAAAGCCAGAAACUACAGUAACCAUCAGUGAGAUACCAAAGGAGGAAAUCAUACCACUUAAACCGCAAGAAAUUGAAGAAUUGCCAGAAGAGGUGCAAGUUGUUGAACAUAUUAAAGAUGGUAAGAAAAUCAAAAAAGUUAUUAAGAAAAAGGUCAUAAAGAAACAAAAAGGUGACAAAGUCGAAUCAACCCAAAUAAUAACGACACAAGAAGAAGGUAAAGAACCUGAAACAACAGUUACAAUUGAAGAAAUUCCUGAAAAAAUCAUUUCUUAUAAACCGGAACUCAUUGAAGAAUUGCCGGAAGAGGUUCAGAUUAUUGAAGACACUAAAGGUAAAAGGAAAGUUGUGAAAAAGAGAGUUAUUAAGAAACAAAAGGGUGACAAACAAGAGGCAACAGAAAUUGUUACUGUAGAAGAAGAAGGUAAAAAGCCAGAAACUACAGUAACCAUCAGUGAGAUACCAAAGGAGGAAAUCAUACCACUUAAACCGCAAGAAAUUGAAGAAUUGCCAGAAGAGGUGCAAGUUGUUGAACAUAUUAAAGAUGGUAAGAAAAUCAAAAAAGUUAUUAAGAAAAAGGUCAUAAAGAAACGAAAAGGUGACAAAGUCGAAUCAACCCAAAUAAUAACGACACAAGAAGAAGCUAAAGAACCUGAAACAACAGUUACAAUUGAAGAAAUUCCUGAAAAAAUGAUUUCUUAUAAACCGGAACUCAUUGAAGAAAUGCCGGAAGAGGUUCAGAUUAUUGAGGACAUUAAAGGUAAAAAGAAGGUUGUGAAAAAGAGAGUAAUUAAAAAACAAAAGGGUGACAAACAAGAGGCAACAGAAAUUGUUACUGUAGAAGAAGAAGGUAAAAAGCCAGAAACUACAGUAACCAUCAGUGAGAUACCAACAGAGGAAAUCAUACCAAUUAAACCGCAAGAAAUUGAAGAAUUGCCAGAAGAGGUGCAAGUUGUUGAACAUAUUAAAGAUGGUAAAAAAAUCAAAAAGGUUAUUAAGAAAAAGAUCAUUAAGAAACAAAAAGGUGACAAAGUCGAAUCAACCCAAAUAAUAACGACACAAGAAGAAGGUAAAGAACCUGAAACAACAGUUACAAUUGAAGAAAUUCCUGAAAAAAUGAUUUCUUAUAAACCGGAACUCAUUGAAGAAAUGCCGGAAGAGGUUCAGAUUAUUGAGGACAUUAAAGGUAAAAAGAAGGUUGUGAAAAAGAGAGUAAUUAAAAAACAAAAGGGUGACAAACAAGAGGCAACAGAAAUUGUUACUGUAGAAGAAGAAGGUAAAAAGCCAGAAACCACAGUAACCAUCAGUGAGAUACCAACAGAGGAAAUCAUACCAAUUAAACCGCAAGAAAUUGAAGAAUUGCCAGAAGAGGUGCAAGUUGUUGAACAUAUUAAAGAUGGUAAAAAAAUCAAAAAGGUUAUUAAGAAAAAGAUCAUUAAGAAACAAAAAGGUGACAAAGUCGAAUCAACUCAAAUAAUAACGACACAAGAAGAAGGUAAAGAACCUGAAACAACAGUUACAAUUGAAGAAAUUCCUGAAAAAAUCAUUUCUUAUAAACCGGAACUCAUUGAAGAAAUGCCGGAAGAGGUUCAGAUUAUUGAAGACAUUAAAGGUAAAAAGAAGGUUGUGAAAAAGAGGGUAAUUAAAAAACAAAAGGGUGACAAACAAGAGGCAACAGAAAUUGUUACUGUAGAAGAAGAAGGUAAAAAGCCAGAAACUACAGUAACCAUCAGUGAGAUACCCAAAGAGGAAAUUAUACCACUCAAACCACAAGAAAUUGAAGAAAUGCCAGAAGAGGUGCAGGUUGUUGAACAUAUUAAAGAUGGUAAGAAAAUCAAAAAAGUUAUUAAGAAAAAGGUCAUAAAGAAACAAAAAGGUGACAAAGUCGAAUCAACCCAAAUAAUAACGACACAAGAAGAAGGUAAAGAACCUGAAACAACAGUUACAAUUGAAGAAAUUCCUGAAAAAAUCAUUUCUUAUAAACCGGAACUCAUUGAAGAGUUGCCGGAAGAGGUUCAGAUUAUUGAAGACACUAAAGGUAAAAGGAAGGUUGUGAAAAAGAGAGUUAUUAAGAAACAAAAGAGUGACAAACAAGAGGCAACAGAAAUUGUUACUGUAGAAGAAGAAGGUAAAAAGCCAGAAACUACAGUAACCAUCAGUGAGAUACCCAAAGAGGAAAUUAUACCACUCAAACCACAAGAAAUUGAAGAAAUGCCAGAAGAGGUGCAGGUUGUUGAACAUAUUAAAGAUGGUAAGAAAAUCAAAAAAGUUAUUAAGAAAAAGGUCAUAAAGAAACAAAAAGGUGACAAAGUCGAAUCAACCCAAAUAAUAACGACACAAGAAGAAGGUAAAGAACCUGAAACAACAGUUACAAUUGAAGAAAUUCCCGAAAAAAUGAUUUCUUAUAAACCGGAAGUCAUUGAAGAAAUGCCGGAAGAGAUUCAGAUUAUUGAAGACAUUAAAGGUAAAAAGAAGGUGAUGAAAAAGAGAGUAAUUAAAAAACAAAAGGGUGACAAACAAGAGGCAACGGAAAUUGUUACUGUAGAAGAAGAAGGUAAAAAGCCAGAAACCACAGUAACCAUCAGUGAGAUACCUAAAGAGGAAAUUAUACCACUCAAACCACAAGAAAUUGAAGAAAUGCCAGAAGAGGUGCAGGUUGUUGAACAUAUUAAAGAUGGUAAGAAAAUCAAAAAAGUUGUGAAAAAGAGAGUCAUUAAAAAACAAAAGGGUGACAAACAAGAGGCAACAGAAAUUAUUACUGUAGAAGAAGAAGGUAAAAAGCCAGAAAUUACAGUAACCAUCAGUGAGAUACCAAAAGAGGAAAUCAUACCACUUAAACCGCAAGAAAUUGAAGAAUUGCCAGAAGAGGUGCAAGUUGUUGAACAUAUUAAAGAUGGUAAGAAAAUCAAAAAGGUUAUUAAGAAAAAGGUCAUUAAGAAACAAAAAGGUGACAAAGUCGAAUCAACACAAAUAAUAACGACACAAGAAGAAGGUAAAGAACCUGAAACAACAGUUACAAUUGAAGAAAUUCCUGAAAAAAUCAUUUCUUAUAAACCGGAACUCAUUGAAGAAAUGCCGGAAGAGGUUCAGAUUAUUGAAGACAUUAAAGGUAAAAAGAAGGUUGUGAAAAAGAGGGUAAUUAAAAAACAAAAGGGUGACAAACAAGAGGCAACAGAAAUUGUUACUGUAGAAGAAGAAGGUAAAAAGCCAGAAACUACAGUAACCAUCAGUGAGAUACCCAAAGAGGAAAUUAUACCACUCAAACCACAAGAAAUUGAAGAAAUGCCAGAAGAGGUGCAGGUUGUUGAACAUAUUAAAGAUGGCAAGAAAAUCAAAAAAGUUAUUAAGAAAAAGGUCAUAAAGAAACAAAAGGGUGACAAAGUCGAAUCAACUCAAAUAAUAACGACACAAGAAGAAGGUAAAGAACCUGAAACAACAGUUACAAUUGAGGAAAUUCCUGAAAAAAUCAUUUCUUAUAAACCGGAACUCAUUGAAGAAUUGCCGGAAGAGGUUCAGAUUAUUGAAGACACUAAAGGUAAAAAGAAGGUUGUGAAAAAGAGGGUAAUUAAAAAACAAAAGGGUGAUAAACAAGAAGCAACAGAAAUUGUUACUGUAGAAGAAGAAGGUAAAAAACCAGAAACUACAGUAACCAUCAGUGAUAUACCUAAAGAGGAAAUUAUACCACUCAAACCACAAGAAAUUGAAGAAUUGCCUGAAGAGGUGCAAGUUGUUGAACAUAUUAAAGAUGGUAAGAAAAUCAAAAAAGUUAUUAAGAAAAAGGUCAUAAAGAAACAAAAAGGUGACAAAGUCGAAUCAACCCAAAUAAUAACGACACAAGAAGAAGGUAAAGAACCUGAAACAACUGUUACAAUUGAAGAAAUUCCCGAAAAAAUGAUUUCUUAUAAACCGGAACUCAUUGAGGAAAUGCCGGAAGAGGUUCAGAUUAUUGAAGACAUUAAAGGUAAAAAGAAGGUUGUGAAAAAGAGAGUAAUUAAAAAACAAAAGGGUGACAAACAAGAGGCAACAGAAAUUGUUACUGUAGAAGAAGAAGGUAAAAAGCCAGAAACUACAGUAACAAUCAGUGAGAUACCUAAGGAGGAAAUUAUACCACUCAAACCACAAGAAAUUGAAGAAAUGCCAGAAGAGGUGCAGGUUGUUGAACAUAUUAAAGAUGGCAAGAAAAUCAAAAAAGUUAUUAAGAAAAAGGUCAUAAAGAAACAAAAGGGUGACAAAGUCGAAUCAACUCAAAUAAUAACGACACAAGAAGAAGGUAAAGAACCUGAAACAACAGUUACAAUUGAGGAAAUUCCUGAAAAAAUCAUUUCUUAUAAACCGGAACUCAUUGAAGAAUUGCCGGAAGAGGUUCAGAUUAUUGAAGACACUAAAGCUAAAAAGAAGGUUGUGAAAAAGAGGGUAAUUAAAAAACAAAAGGGUGAUAAACAAGAAGCAACAGAAAUUGUUACUAUAGAAGAAGAAGGUAAAAAACCAGAAACUACAGUAACCAUCAGUGAUAUACCUAAAGAGGAAAUUAUACCACUCAAACCACAAGAAAUUGAAGAAAUGCCAGAAGAGGUGCAAGUUGUAGAACAUAUUAAAGAUGGUAAGAAAAUUAAAAAAGUUAUUAAGAAAAAGGUUAUAAAGAAACAAAAAGGUGACAAAGUUGAAACGACACAAAUAAUAACGACACAAGAAGAAGGUAAAGAACCUGAAACAACUGUUACAAUUGAAGAAAUUCCCGAAAAAAUGAUUUCUUAUAAACCGGAACUCAUUGAGGAAAUGCCGGAAGAGGUUCAGAUUAUUGAAGACAUUAAAGGUAAAAAGAAGGUUGUGAAAAAGAGAGUAAUUAAAAAACAAAAGGGUGACAAACAAGAGGCAACAGAAAUUGUUACUGUAGAAGAAGAAGGUAAAAAGCCAGAAACUACAGUAACAAUCAGUGAGAUACCUAAGGAGGAAAUUAUACCACUCAAACCACAAGAAAUUGAAGAAAUGCCAGAAGAGGUGCAGGUUGUUGAACAUAUUAAAGAUGGCAAGAAAAUCAAAAAAGUUAUUAAGAAAAAGGUCAUAAAGAAACAAAAGGGUGACAAAGUGGAAUCAACCCAAAUAAUAACGACACAAGAAGAAGGUAAAGAACCUGAAACAAUAGUUACAAUUGAGGAAAUUCCUGAAAAAAUUAUUUCUUAUAAACCGGAACUCAUUGAAGAAUUGCCGGAAGAGGUUCAGAUUAUUGAAGACACUAAAGGUAAAAAGAAGGUUGUGAAAAAGAGGGUAAUUAAAAAACAAAAGGGUGAUAAACAAGAAGCAACAGAAAUUGUUACUGUAGAAGAAGAAGGUAAAAAACCAGAAACUACAGUAACCAUCAGUGAGAUACCUGAAGAGGAACUUAUACCACUUAAACCGCAAGAAAUUGAAGAAAUGCCAGAAGAGGUGCAAGUUGUAGAACAUAUUAAAGAUGGUAAGAAAAUUAAAAAAGUUAUUAAGAAAAAGGUCAUAAAGAAACAAAAGGGUGACAAAGUCGAAUCAACACAAAUAAUAACGACACAAGAAGAAGGUAAAGAGCCUGAAACAACAGUUACAAUUGAAGAAAUUCCUGAAAAACUGAUUUCGUAUAAACCGGAACUCAUUGAAGAAUUGCCGGAAGAGGUUCAGAUUAUUGAAGAUACUAAAGGUAAAAAGAAGGUGGUGAAAAAGAGAGUCAUUAAAAAACAAAAGGGUGACAAACAAGAGGCAACAGAAAUUGUUACUGUAGAAGAAGAAGGUAAAAAGCCAGAAACUACAGUAACCAUCAGUGAGAUACCAACAGAGGAAAUCAUACCACUUAAACCGCAAGAAAUUAAAGAAUUGCCAGAAGAGGUGCAAGUUGUUGAACAUAUUAAAGAUGGUAAAAAAAUCAAAAAGGUUAUUAAGAAAAAGGUAAUUAAGAAACAAAAAAGUAAAGAACCUGAAACAACAGUUACAAUUGAAGAAAUUCCUGAAAAAAUGAUUUCUUAUAAACCGGAACUCAUUGAAGAAAUGCCGGAAGAGGUUCAGAUUAUUGAGGACAUUAAAGGUAAAAAGAAGGUUGUGAAAAAGAGAGUAAUUAAAAAACAAAAGGGUGACAAACAAGAGGCAACAGAAAUUGUUACUGUAGAAGAAGAAGGUAAAAAGCCAGAAACUACAGUAACCAUCAGUGAAAUACCUAAAGAGGAAAUUAUACCACUCAAACCACAAGAAAUUGAAGAAAUGCCAGAAGAGGUGCAGGUUGUUGAACAUAUUAAAGAUGGCAAGAAAAUCAAAAAAGUUAUUAAGAAAAAGGUUAUAAAGAAACAAAAAGGUGACAAAGUCGAAUCAACACAAAUAAUAACGACACAAGAAGAAGGUAAAGAACCUGAAACAACAGUUACAAUUGAAGAAAUUCCUGAAAAAAUGAUUUCUUAUAAACCGGAACUCAUUGAAGAAAUGCCGGAAGAGGUUCAGAUUAUUGAGGACAUUAAAGGUAAAAAGAAGGUUGUGAAAAAGAGAGUAAUUAAAAAACAAAAGGGUGACAAACAAGAGGCAACAGAAAUUGUUACUGUAGAAGAAGAAGGUAAAAAGCCAGAAACUACAGUAACCAUCAGUGAGAUACCUAAAGAGGAAAUUAUACCACUCAAACCACAAGAAAUUGAAGAAAUGCCAGAAGAGGUGCAGGUUGUUGAACAUAUUAAAGAUGGCAAGAAAAUCAAAAAAGUUAUUAAGAAAAAGGUCAUAAAGAAACAAAAGGGUGACAAAGUCGAAUCAACCCAAAUAAUAACGACACAAGAAGAAGGUAAAGAACCUGAAACAACAGUUACAAUUGAAGAAAUUCCUGAAAAAAUGAUGUCUUAUAAACCGGAACUCAUUGAAGAAUUACCGGAAGAAGUUCAAAUUAUUGAAGACCAUAAAGGUAAAAAGAAGAUUGUGAAAAAGAGAGUAAUUAAAAAACAAAAGGGUGACAAACAAGAGGCAACAGAAAUUGUUACUGUAGAAGAAGAAGGUAAAAAGCCAGAAACUACAGUAACCAUCAGUGAAAUACCUAAAGAGGAAAUUAUACCACUCAAACCACAAGAAAUUGAAGAAAUGCCAGAAGAGGUGCAGGUUGUUGAACAUAUUAAAGAUGGCAAGAAAAUCAAAAAAGUUAUUAAGAAAAAGGUCAUUAAGAAACAAAAGGGUGACAAAGUCGAAUCAACACACAUAAUAACGACACAAGAAGAAGGUAAAGAGCCUGAAACAACAGUUACAAUUGAAGAAAUUCCUGAAAAAAUGAUUUCUUAUAAACCGGAACUCAUUGAAGAAAUGCCGGAAGAGGUUCAGAUUAUUGAAGACAUUAAAGGUAAAAAGAAGGUUGUGAAAAAGAGGGUAAUUAAAAAACAAAAGGGUGACAAACAAGAGGCAACAGAAAUUGUUACUGUCGAAGAGGAUGGUAAAAAACCAGAAACUACUGUAACCAUAAGUGAGAUACCUAAAGAGGAAAUUAUACCACUUAAGCCGCAAGAAAUUGAAGAAAUGCCAGAAGAGGUGCAAGUUGUAGAACAUAUCAAAGAUGGACAAAUAGUGAAAAAAGUUAUUAGAAAAAGAGUGAUAAAGAAACCCAAAGGUGACUCAACUGAAAUUACGGAAAUACAUACAACAGAAGAAGAAGGUAAAGAACCGAAAACCACAGUUGUAGUAAAAGAUGUAGAAAAGAAAUCAACUGAGAAAAAGAAGAAACCCAAGAAGUCGGUAGAAAAAGAAAAGGAAAAUAUUCUAUACGUACCUUCUUUGGCGAAAAAAGAUGAUGCGGAAGAAGUCAUGGACCUUAUUAAAAUUGAAAUGUUAAAAAAAUUGUUAAAACCUGAAGACGCACCAAGAGAGCAAGAACAAGAAAGUACUGUAGUGGAUGAAAAAGUAACCAGAAAACAGAAAAAGAAAAAGAAGACUGUUCAGGAUUUGUCUUUAAAAAUUCAUGAGUUACCAGAAGAAAUUAAAACUAUCGAAAUAAAGACGCCGGAAGGCGAAACAAAAAAGACUACAAUAAAGAAAAGGGUUAUCAAAAAACCAAAAGGAGAUAAAGAAGAAGUAACAAGUAUAUUAACAACAGAAGAGGAAGGAAAGCAACCUGUUACAGUUGUAAAUGUUGAAGAAAUAACGCCUGAUGAUUACCAACCGACCCCUGUUAUUGUUGAACAGAUUCAGGAAGAAGAAACACCAUUUGAAUCUGUUACUCCAGAAGGUAGACCAGUAUUAGGUAAAAUUAAAAAGAAAGUAAUCAAAACGAGAAGAGGUGAUAAGUUAGAAGUUACCACAAUUAAAACUGUGGAAGAAGAUGAUAAAGAACCUCAAACAACUGUUACAGUUGAAGAAUUGCCUAUAGAAUCAACAGAAAUCAUUCACACUCCUCAAGAAAUUGAAGAACUUCCAAGUAAGAUAGAAAUUUUUGAAACAGUAGAUGAGAAAGGAAUACCAUCAAAGAAAGUUCUAAAGAAGAAAACAUUAAAAAAGCGAAAAGGAGAUAAACUAGAACUUACUAAUAUAGUAACUGUUGAAGAAAAUGGUAAAGUACCAACAACUACUGUUACCGUUGAAGAAGUCGAAAUAUCAGAUGAAGAAGUUACAGACCUACCCGAAAUUGAGGAGUUGCCUACUGAAACUCAUAUUAUAGAAACAAUAGAUUCAGAAGGAACAUCAAAACAACAAAUUAUUAAAAAGAGAAAAAUAGCACAUCAAAAGGAAAAAGAAAAAGAAAUAAUGGAAAUAUUAACAGUAGAGGAAGAAGGAAAAGAACCCCAGAUUUCAGUUUCAAUAGAAAAAAUUCCAAAGCCAUCUAAGAAAAUUACCAAAAAGAAAACAAAGAAACCUUCAAAGGAAACAAUUGUUUCUCAUGAACCUGAGAUAUUAUUUAUUCCUUCUUUAUCUGAAAAAGAAGAAGCUCCUAGUGUUGAAGAAGUUUUAGAUCUAGUUAGAUUAGUGGUUGUGAAGAAAGCAUUAGAUCACCCUACGCCACAAUACCCUGAUGAACUUGACUUAUCACAAAUGGUAAAAGAAUCAUAUAUUUCUGAACUUCCAGAAGAAACUACAGUCGUUCAAACUCCGUCAGGAGAAGAAGAGGUACGAAAAAGAAAAAUUAAAAGGAAGCAAAAAGGCAAGGAUGAAAUAAUUACAAUUACAACUACUUCAAAGCCUGGAGUACCACCUGAAGUAAAAGUUACUGUGGAAGAAGUAAAUCCCUUAGACACACUAGAACAAUUGCCAGAAAUACCUAUGAUUGAACUUCCUGAAGAAAUCGAAACAAUUGAAAUCAGUACAGCCGGAAAGACUCCUAAAAAGAAAAUUACCAAAAAACGAACUCUUUUGAAGAAAGUUGGUCCUAAUCUAGAGGCUACAGAAAUUAAAACUGUCUUGGAAGAUGGCAAAGAACCUGAACAAAUAGUAACACUUAAGGAAUACCCAGAAAAAGAACUAAAGCAAAAACUGAAGAAAAUUAAACAGCCGCUUCAAAUUGUAGAAGUAAAACCUUCUAAACCCAAAAUUGUAACCAAAGAAGAAUUACCAUUAUUAUCGCAAAUUAAACUUAGAAAACCAAAAGUUCCUCAAAAGAAAGAUACAACACCCAAAUUUCCUAAAAUACGUUUGACUAGUCGCAUUCGAUUCAUCACGUUCCCACCAGAUAGUGAGACAGAAAGGAAACCUGUUAUUACUACAAUGUAUCCAUCAGUCAAAGAUAACGGAGUUCUGUCCAGAAAUGUUAAAGAUGCGCAAGAAAUAUUAAAAAGGAAGAAGUAUAAACCGAAGACUAUUCCAGAAAGAGAGAGUCCGGAGUUGGAAAAAGUAGAGAAAAUUGAUGUGCCUGAAAAAACUAAAUUAGAAAAAGACAUUAACGAACCAAAACAUCAAAGGACUCCAAAGAAAAUUGAAAAAAUACCUGAAGAACAGAAAAAUAUUAUUAUAGGCAAAGGAAAAAUUCCCGAACAAACAGAUGGAAUUGAAUCGGUGAAACUGAAAAAGAUUCCUAAGAAAUUAGUAGACGAAGAUAUUGUGGAUGAAGAUAAAACUAAACCAAAACAAACACCAAAAGAGAGUCCAAUUUCGAAAAAAUUGGAAAAAGAAACAGAUAAAAUUAAAUUUGAACCUUAUGACAUAGAAAGACCAGAAAGAGAGACAAUGUCACCAGAGAAAUUUGAUUAUGAAAAGGAGGAAGACAUUGCGCAAAAGCCAAAAGAUAAGUAUAAAAGAAAACCGAAAUCUAAAAAAGAACCUGAAUCAGAUGUAACAGAAUUAAUUAAGGGAACACCUAAACCUGAGUCCGAAGACACACCGGAAGAAAAACAAUUCAAGCCUAAACAGAAAAAGCGACCUGAAGAACCCAAAGAUGAUAUUAAACUGAAGCCAUUCAAAAAGACUCCUUCAGAAGAUAUCAUUUACAAAAUGGGAGGCACGGUAAAAAUACCAUGUUCAAUUCCUACUGUUUUAUAUGAACUUCCUGUAGAAGUACGAAAAAUUAUUGAUCUAUCUCCUACUGGUAAACCAUCAAAAACCACUAUAAAGAAAAGGGUUAUUAAAAAGAAAAAGGGUCCAUUAGAUGAAGUUACGACAAUAGAAGAAAUCAUACCUGAGGAAGGUGAACCUGAAACAAGAGUAACCAUUGUUGAACAGGUACCUGAUAAACAGGAACCGACGGAGGCUGUUGAAAUCCUUGAAUAUCCAGAAGAAAGUGAAAUAAAAGAAGACGUAAUUGAUAAUGAGAUUGUAAUAAGAAAAAUUAAGAAGCGAGUAUUAAAGAAGAGACGAGGACCUAAAGAAGAAAUUACAGAAAUAGUUACAAUUGAAGAGGAUGGAAAGGAACCUCAAAUAUUAGUAACAACAUGUGAGAUGCCCAGAGAGGAUGAAGCUAUUAUUAUUGAAUUACCAGAAGAGGAAGUUCAAACGAAAUCAAAUAAAGUCAUCAAAACGAGAAAAAUAAAGAAAUUAAUAUCACCUAAACAGGAAGUAACUAAAAUUGAAACUGUUGAGGAAGAAGGCAAAGAACCCGUAACAACUGUGACAGUAUUGGACGAAGUUCCAGAUUUGGCAGAUAUUAUCGAACAACAACCAAUAGAAGAGUUGCCAGAAGAGACCAAUUUGUUAGAGGAAGAACAUGAAGACAGAGUAAAACGAAAGAAAAUAAGUAAACGGGUACUAAAAAAACGAGUGGGUGACAAACAAGAAAUAACUGAAAUAUUAACUAAAGAUGAAAAUGGAAUUCCAAAAGUGGAAGUAAAUGUGACAUUAGAAGAUUUCACAGAGACAUGUAAACCGUUCAAGUCAAAGAAACAUAAGACUGAGAGACCAGAAAUUCUUACUGUAGAGUAUCCAGAAGAAGUUAAAAUUACAGAAAUCAAAACCGAAGAUGGUCAUCCUGUUAAGAAAACAACAAAAACUAGAAUAAUUAAAAAGUUGUCAGUUCCGAAACAAGAAAAUAUUAACAUUGUCACAACUUAUGAAGAAGGAGAAGAACCCACGGCACAAGUCACCAUAGAAGAGGUUGAUUCGGAUAUUGCUGAUAUUCUGGAAGGUACUGUUCUUGAAGAAAUUCCUUCAAUACCAUCUACUGAUACCAAGAAAAAGAAAAGAACAUAUAAAAAGAAGGUUGGAAAUAAAACUGAAAUUAUUGAAAUACAGGAAUCCCCAUCAGAUAUUUCUAUUGUUACUCAAAAAUGUACGAUUUCUGAAGCUGAACCAGAUGAAGAAACAGAAACCUUACAUGUUAAAAAACCUAAAUUGAAAGCUAUUAAACCAUCUGUUGUUGAACUACCCGAAGAAGUUGUAAUUACAGAAAUUAAUACUGAAGAAGGACCUCAAGAAUCAAUAACGAAAAAACGAAAAAUUAAAAAGAUAAGCCAUCCCCAAGAAAUUAUUGAAAUAAUAGAAAGGGAGGGACAAAGCCCUGAAGUAACUGUGAAUGAAAUUACGGAAGAGUCGCCCGAAAUUUGUGAAGGUGAAAUAUUGGAAUCAUUACCUGAAAAAAUUGACGAAAUCGAAGAAAUUAAACAUGGAAAAGUUACUAAAAAAUCUAUAAAGAAACGACUUUUUAAGAAACAAAAGGACAAUAAACCUGAAAUAACAGAAGUAAUUACAAUUACUGAAGACGAUAAGGAACCUAAAACACUUGUGAACAUUUUUACCACUGACGUUAAUGAGCUGGAGCCUCUUUUAGAAGAGCUCUUAACACCUUUCGAUUUUACUUCACCUUCUAUAUCUAUAACACCUACUUCCACAUCACCUUUAACAUCCACAAAAACAGUUACAGAAGUACACGCCACUGAACAAACACAAGGAACACCUUUAGGUAAACUUACUGAAAAAGCUGUAAAAGCCAAGGGAAGUAGAGUUCAAGAAUUAAAUGAACAUGUCAUCAUUGAACAAGUGGAAUCACAAAGAGCCGCAGACGUGAGUCCAAAAAAGGUUCCCAAGAAAGACAUAGCAGAUAAAAAAAUUACACCUAAACUAGCGAAAAUAACAACUGAAGAGCCAGUAGUCAUUGAAGAAUUACCAGAAGAAAUUAAAAUAACCGAAGUUAUUUCGGAUCAAGGCACGCCUCACAAAAAAAUUGUCAAAAAACGUGUCAUCAAAAAAACAAGUGGUGGCAAACAAGAAUCUACUCAAAUUCUCACUGUUGAAGAAGAAGGAAAAGAACCUCAAUUUACCGUGACUAUAGAUGAAAUAGAAGCACCGGAAAAAUUAGAAGAAAAACCGGUAUAUAUCGAAGAAUUACCCGAAGAAAUACUGGAGGAUGAAAUAAAAGACAAGUCGGGAAAAAUACAUAAAAAAUUAAUAAAGAAGAGGGUAAUAAAGAAGCAGGUAGGUAACAAACAAGAAGUAACUGAAAUUCUAACCACGAAAGAAGAAGGUCAGGAGCCUCAAGUUUGUGUAACAGUUCAAGAAUACGAUGUUCCAGAGGAAAUUGAAAUAUUUAAACCAAGUGACAUUGAGGAACUUCCUAAGGAAGUUAAGAUCAUUGAGACUAUUGAUAGUACAGGUUCUAAAAAGACAAUUGUCACAAAAAGGGUUAUUAAAAAGAAAAAGGGAGAUAAACAAGAAAUUACUGAGUUGGUAACAACUGAAGAAGAAGGAAAGAAACCAGAGACUACUGUAGUUAUAGAAGAAAUUCCAGAAGAUGAAGGUCCUUACAUUGAAGAACUUCCAGAAAAAGUUAUUGAAGAAAAGGGUAAUAAAAUAAUACGUACUCGAACUAUUAAGAAACGCAAAGGUAGUAAAACGGAAAUUACACAUCUAGUAACAACUGAAGAAAUAGGUAAUAAACCACAAACAAGUGUUGUUAUCGAAGAAGUCGCUAUUCCGGAAAAAGAAGAAAUUACAACUAAAGAGGUCACUGUUAAAAAGAAAACUGUAAGGAGAAAGCCACAGGAAACUGAGGAAGUAUUUCGCAAGGUCAUUCUUGAAGAGCUUAAGAAGCCUCAAAUAUCGUAUGUCAUAGAAACAAUUAAAUCAUUGGAUGGUAGCAUUGAAUUCAAACCUACUUUAAUAGAAGAAGUUCCAGAAGAAAUUGAAGUAGAAGACAUUGAAGAUGAAAAAGGAGUUCAUAAAAAAAUAACUAAACGAAAGGUUCUUAAAAAACGAAAAGGUAGUACUCAAGAAAUAACCCAAGUACUUUCUGUGCAAGAAGAUGAUAAGGAACCUCAAAUAUCAGUAACUAUAGAUGAAAUUGAAGUCCCACAAUUUAAGCCAACUUAUAUUGAAGAACUGCCUGAAGAAGUACAAAUAGUAGAAGUUUUAAGUGAUAGCGGAGAAAAGAAGCAGAAAUUAGUGAAGAAAAAGAUAUUGAAAAAACGUAAAGGCAGUAAGCAUGAAAUAACUGAACUGGUAACAGUAGAAGAGGAUGGAAAGAAACCUCAAACUAGUGUAACAAUUCAAGAAAUAGAUGUAUCAGAAAAUGAACCAAUUUAUGAACCUAACCUGGUAGAAGAAUUACCUGAAGAAGUACAAAUAAUUGAAACAAUAGAUAAGGAAGGAAAAUCCAAGAAGAAGGUACUGAAAAAGAAGCUCCUGAAGAAACGUAAAGGAAGUAAGGAAGAAAUUACUCAAAUCUUAACCGUUGAGGAAGAAGGACAAAAGCCCCAGACAACUGUAACAGUUGAAGAAAUUAAAACACCAGAAUACACAACUGACUUUAUACAAGAGUUACCUGAAGAAAUAACAAUAAUUAAUGAAAUUGAUCGACAAGGUAUACCAAAACAAAAAACCAUUAAAAAGAAAAUUCUUAGAAAAACUAAAGAAGAUAAACAAGAAGUAACAAAAAUCGUGACAGUCGAAGAAGAAGGUAAACAACCUGAAACAUCUGUAACAAUAGAAGAGAUUACUGAACCUGAAGAAAUAUCUGAAUAUACACCAAGUUACAUAGAAGAAUUGCCUGAACAAGUAAAUGUAAUAGAAACAAUAAAUGAAUAUGGCAUUCCCGAAAAGAAAAUUAUUAAAAAGAAAAUUUUUAAAAAGAGGAAAGGCAGCACACAAGAAAUUAUGAAAUUUACUACUUUAGAAGAAGAAGGUAAAGAACCACAAACGUCAGUAACAAUUGAAGAAAUUGAUAUUCCCGAGUUUGAACCAACGUACGUAGAAGAGUUGCCAGAAGAAGUAAUAGUAAAGGAUCAAAAGACAAUAAAGAAAAAAGUUUUGAAGAAAAGAAAAGGAAGUAAACAAGAAAUUACUGAGUUAUUAACAGUAGAAGAAAAAGGUAAGAAACCAGAAACAUCGGUAACAAUAGAAGAAAUUGAGUUAUCCGAAGAAGAACCUGAAUAUCAACCUCAAAUUGUGGAGGAACUUCCAGAACAAGUACAAAUAAUAGAAACAAUUAAUAACGAGGGUGUACCUCAAAAAACAGUUAUCAAAAAGAAAAUUCUCAAAAAACGGAAGGGUAGUAAACAAGAAAUUACAGAAUUGGUGACUGUAGAAGAGGAAGGUAAAAAACCUCAGACUAGUGUAACAAUAGAAGAAAUAGAAAUUCCAAAACUAGAAUCUAUAGAACAACUCCCAGAACAGGUUAAAAUUAUUGAAACUGUAGAUGAAAAAGGUUCUCCUAAAAAGACAGUAGUUAAAACUAAGAUACUUAAAAAAAGAAAAGGCAGUAAACAUGAAAUAACACAAUUGGUGACUGUCGAAGAGGAAGGAAAGGAACCUGAAACAGUUGCUGUUAUUGAAGAAAUAGAAAUUCCUAAGGAAGAGCCUACACCAAGUGAACCAUCUGAAAAGAAAAAAGUUAAAAGUAAAAAACCUAAGGAACAAAAACCGGAAAUUAUAGGUAAAGUCAGAGGUGAAGAAGGAAAGAAACCAGAGAUGUGCUAUGUAAUUGAAGAUAUUAAAUUACCAGAAGGUGGCAUUCAAUUUGAACCGCUUGAGACUGAAGAGGCUGAACAGGUGGAAGUCACUGAAACAAUUGAUGAAAAAGGCGAACCUAGAAAAAGGGUUAUUAAAAAGAAAAUUGUCAAGAAACGAAAAGGAAGUAAACAAGAAAUCACUCAAUUUGUAACAGUUGAAGAAGAUGGUAAGGAACCUCAAACAACAGUAUUAAUAGACGAAAUUGAAUUGCCUAAACCAAUUCAAAAAGACAAAGUUGAAUUAAUUCCUGAAGAAAAGAAACCACUAAAGAAAAAAGUAAUUAAAAAACCAGAAGUAGAAGAUAUAAUACAUAAAGUGUCAGAAGAAAAGGGUAAAAAACCACAGAAAUCUUAUGUCGUGGAUGACAUUAAAAAACCUGAGGGAAUCAUUGAAUUUGAACCUUUUGAUACUGAUGAAGCUGAACAUGAAGAAGUUACUGAGACUAUUGUUGAAGGAGAUGAAGCAAGAAAGAAAGUAAUUAAAAAGAGAAUAGUAAAGAAACGAAAGGGUAGUAAGCAAGAAGUUACCGAGUUUACAACAGUCGAAGAAGAAGGAAAGAAACCGGAAACAACAGUAACAAUAGAGGAAAUUGAAUUACCAGAAAAGUUACCUCUCGAAAAGUUGAAACCAUUACAAGAAGAAAAGAAGCAAUUAAAGAAAAAAGUUAUUAAAAAAGAAGUUACUCAAGAAAUAAUAGAAAAAGUGAGAGAAGAAAAAGGCAAACUACCACAAGUGUCUUAUAUAAUCGAUGAUAUUAAAAAACCUAAAGGAGACUUACAAUUCAAACCUACUGACAUAGAAGAGACACCUGAACAGGUAGAAGUUGUUGAAACCAUAGAUGAAAGGGGUUUACCAAAGAAGCAAAUAAUAAAGAAAAAGGUUCUAAAGAAACGUAAAGGUAGUAAACACGAAAUAACAGAGUUAAUCACAGUAGAAGAAGAAGGUAAAAAACCUUUAACUUCAGUAACUGUGGAAGAAAUAGAUGUAACAGAACCUCUUCCAAAGGAUCUUCCCGAAUUUAAACCAAGUUUUAUCGAAGAGUUGCCAGAACAAGUUGAAGUUAUUGAAACUGUGACUGAGGAAGGAAUUCCUAAAAAGACUGUGAUUAAGAAAAAAAUAUUAAAGAAACGUAGGGGCAGUAAACAAGAAUUUGUUGAAUUUGUGACUGUCGAAGAAGAUGAUAAAAAACCUCAAACUAGUGUCAUCAUAGAAGAGGAGGAACUUCCACGGGAGUAUCAACCAUGUGUUGUUCAAGAACUUCCUGAAGAAAUUCAAAUUAUAGAAACUAAAGAUGAAGAUGGUGUAUCUAGACAAAAAAGAAUUAAGAAAAGGAUAAUUAAGAAAUCUAAAGGUGAUAAACAAGAAAUAACGGAACUCAUAUGCACUGAAGAAGAGGGUAAAAAACCAGAAACAGCUGUAACAGUUACCACAGUAGAUGAAGAAUUUAAACCCAUUUACAUAGAAGAAUUACCUGAAGAGAUAAAUAUAACAGAAGAAAGAACUGUCAAAAAGAGGACAGUAAAAAAACACAAAGGAGAUAAAAAAGAAAUAAUCAAAUUCACUACAGUUGAAGAACCUGGCAAGGAACCGGAGACUACAGUAACAAUAGAAGAAAUUGAAUCUUCAGAACCAUUACCUAUAUAUAAAGUAAGUAAUAUCGAAGAACUUCCUGAAGAAGUGCAUGUAAUUGAAACCAUAGAGGAUGGUAAACCUAAACAAACUGUAAUCAAACAAAAAGCAUUUAAAAAACCUAAGGGACACAAACAAGAAAUUACAAAAAUUGUUGUGGUGGAAGAAGAAGGUAAGAAACCUCAAAAAUCAGUUGUAGUAGAAGAAAUUUCUGAGGUGUUUAAACCACAAAUAGUAGAAGAAUAUCCUGAAGAAGUCAAAGUAGUGGAAGUAAUUUCUGAAAAGGGACUACCUGAGAAAAAACUGAUUAAGAAACGGGUAAUUAAAAAACGCAAAGGAAGUAAGGAAGAAAUAACUGAACUAAUUACCACUGAAGAACCUGGAAAGGAACCAAAAACAUCUGUAAUGAUUGAGGAAAUUAUUGAACCUCAUUUUGAAACGCCAGAAUAUAUAGAAGAAUUACCACAAGAAAUAAAUAUCAUACAAACAAUUACAGAUGAAGGAGAACCAAUUACAAAAACAAUUAAAAAGAGGAUAAUCAAAAAGCGAAAAGGUAGUAAACAGGAAAUGACGGAAGUUGUAACUGUGGAGGAAACUGGUAAAAAACCAGAAACUGCUGUUGUUGUACAAGAAAUGGAUAUACCCGAGGAAGAAAUCACUUUCAAGCCACAAAUUACUGAAGAAUUCCCAGAGGAAGUGCAAGUUAUAGAAACAUUAAAAGAUGGGGAACGCUCUGAACAAACUGUCAAGAAAAGAACAAUUAAAAGAAGGAAAGGUAGUAAGCAGGAAAUAACAGAAUUAUUAACAGUAGAAGAGAAGGGAAAAGUACCUCAAGUGUCUGUCACUGUUCAAGAAUUAGAUAUUCCAGAAGAAGACAGUGCUCCUCAGUUUACACCUUAUUAUGUUGAAGAACAACCUGAAGAAGUAAAGAUCAUAGAAGUUUUGGAUGAAAAUAAGAAACCAUCUAAAAAAGUCAUUAAAAAGCGAGUAAUUCAAAAACCAAAAGGUGAUAAACAAGAAAUAACAGAAAUUGUGACGAUUGAAGAAGAAGGUAAGCAGCCACAAACAUCUGUAACCAUAGAAGAAAUAGAACUACCUAAAGAUGAUUUCGAAUCUAAACCAUUAAUAGAAGAAAUACCAGAAAAUGUAGAAAUCAUUGAAACAAAUGAAAAAGGUACACCGAAAAAGAAAUUAAUAAAAAAGAAAAUUAUUACCAAACGUAAGGGUAGCAAACAGGAGGAAAUGGAGAUAAUGACGGUAGAAGAAGAAGGUAAAGAACCACAAUAUAGUAUUACAAUUGAGGAAGUUCCGAAAAAGAAAACAAUUAAAAAGCCAAAGCCAGAGAAAGUUGACCAACGCGCUGAAGUGUCAGUCUUAAUGCCGAUUGAAAGGAUAGAAAUGAAACCACAAAUGGUAAAAGUUGUUGAAACUAAAGAUUUACCCCAAGUUAAACUAAAGAAACCAAAAGUUACUAUUAAGAAAGAGGCAGAGAAAGUAUUUCCCAAAUUUUUGUUGAAAAGUAGGAUUAGGUAUGUUGACUUCCCACCUAUUAAUGAAAAAGAAACUUUACCAAGAAUUUCAAUUUUGGAGCCGGUUUAUAAAGACAAUGGUGUUUUAUCGAGAAAUAUUCAAGAAGCAGAGAAGGCACCAAAAACAAAAAGAAGGAAACUAAAAGACAUUCAUAGAUCACUAAAGGAUUUAGAAAAAUUGGAUAUUGAAUUUGAAGAAUUAAAGAAACCGGAGCUAGAAAAGGUUGAUGAUCAUUACAGAUCAAAGCCUGAACCUAGAAAGAAGUCAAUAGCCGAAGAUUCUCCUCAGAAAGUUAAAAUUGGCAAAGGCAAAAUUCCUGAAAUACCUGAAGAACCUGACAACAUUAAGCUAAAGCCAGUUAAAUCCAGUAAAGUCCCAGAAGAAGAUGAUGAAACAGCAAAACUAAAAAAAAUACAACCUUCAGAAGUCAAAAAAGUGCCAUUAAAGGAUAAUGAAGAAAAGGAGCCAAUUAAAUUUGAGCCAUUUGAUAUAGAACGUGAAGAACCUGAAAAAGAGGAAUAUGUACCUAUUCCUCCAGAAAAAGAAUUAAAUGAACAAGAGGAACCUAAAAAGAAAAAGAUUCCGAAGAAAAAGAAAGAAAAACCGGAACCAGAAACAAUUGAAAUAAAUUUGGAAAAAGGUACUCCAAAACCAACUCCAGACGAAGAAGAGUUAAAAAUAACAUUGAAAAAGAAACAAAAGCCAAAAGAUAAGGAACCAGAUGAUGAAAUUAAAUUAAAACCAAUAAAGAAAGAAAAAAGCCCAGAACUAACUUACCAAGUACAUGUAGAAGAUACAGAAAAACAAGAAGCUGUUGUUUUAAAGGUUUAUGAUGAUGAUGAUGAACUAAAGGAAGACUCCGUACAACCAGAAGUAACGAAAAAGAAAAUCAAGAAAGUAGUAAAGAUAAAAAAACCAAAAACAAGUGUUGAAGAAGAAAUAUCCGAAGAACAAUUGCAAAUAGAAUUUGAAGAAUUAGAAAGUCAAGAGUGUAAAGUAGUAGAUAUUGUUUUAGAAGAAGAUGAAUCACCUGAACCUCUUAUUGAGGAGCCCAUUGAAGAACUUCCACAAGAAAGUAUUUCAGAAGAAUCAAUUAUUAAAAAGAAACGUAAAAAAGUCAUUAAGAAAACGCAAGUUGAUAUUGAAAAUAAUGAAAUUGCAGAACAAGAGGAAAAGCCGGUAAUUCAAGAAAUUACAGAAGAAGAACCUCCAAUUACAGAGCCGGAGGAGCUGCUGAAAGUAACUGAGGAAAAUAUAGAAAAAUUGGAGAAAGAACCAGCUAAAGUAAUUGAUAUUAAACCUAAGAAAAAAGUAAUACCUCCCAAAAUGGACAAAGUGGACAAAAAACCUAAAUUCUUGUUAAAGAGUAGAAUUAUUCACGUUCAAUUUCCACCUAUAAAUGAAGUGGAACAAAUACCCAAAGUAACGCAACUUCCUCCUGUGUACCGAGAUAAUGGCGAACUUUCUCGAAAUGUAGCUGAGGCAGAUAAAAUUAAAAAGAAGAAACCAAUCAGAGUAAAAGACUACGAAAGAGAUUUGAAGAAUUUGGAAAAAUUAGAUUUGGAAGUAGAAGAAGCAAAGAAGAAAGGAAAAGAGAAAGUUGAUGAUGAAUAUAAAAAGAAAAUACCAAAAAAGAAACCAGACAAACCAACAGAAGAAGAUUCCAAAUUAAAAAUUGGCAAAGGUAAAGUUCCUAAAGAAACUGAGGAUAAUGAGGAGAUUAAACUGAAAAAAGUUCCAGAAGACAAACAAAAUGUAGAUAUUCCUAAAGAAAAGAAUAAACCUGAAAAGAGUGAGUUAGACACAGAAAAACCAACUAAACCUGAUAAAGAUACAGUCAAAGUUCCCCUUCCAGAAUUAUAUGACAUUGAUCGCCCAGAAACUGAAUUAGAUGAAUAUAAACCAGGUCAAUAUGACGAUAAGGAGGAUGAAAAAGAAAAACCAACCUCAGAUAAACCGAAGAAAAAGAGUAAAAAACCUGUACCUGAAACUACUGAAUCUAUUCUUGAAAAAGGUAAACCUAAACAGAAAAUAGAAGAGCCUAGUGAAGAAAUAAAACCAAAAUACAAACAAAAGGAACGUCCCGAUAAAGAUGUUGACGAUAUGAAGCUUAAACCCUUCAAGAAAACUUCAGAAGAUACAGAAUUUAAAGUUACUGUAGAAGAAGCACCAACUCCUCAAUCUAUAAUUAUUAGUUUGGUGGAUACUGAGGAACCAAUAGAAGAAAAAGAUAAAAAGAAAAUCAUUAAGAAAAAGAUUAUUAAAAAACCAAAAAUAGUUGAGGAAAAGCCGGAAAUAUCAGAAGAACACAAAGAUAUUACAGAGGAAAUUAUAGAAGAAAAACCGGAAGAAAUUGUAGUUCCUGAGAUGCAAACAGAAGAAUCAAUCACUCCUCAGCCAGACGAGGUUACAGUAAUUAAAGAAGCUGAGCCAAUGAAAAAGAAACCCAAAAAAGUUAAAAGUCAAGAACUCGAAAAACCUUUAGAAGAAGUAAAAGAUGAAAAACCAGUUUUAAUGAAAAUAAAGAGAGACAGGAUUAGCCAUAAACCUACAAAAUUACUUAUUACAGAACCAGAAAAAAUUAAUUUUGCUGAAAUAAAACUUAAGAAAUCAAAACCUAAGGAAUCUGUAACAGUAGAAACAACUAAGGUGCCUAAAAUUAUGCUGAAAAGUCGAAUAGAACCAUUAGGUUUCCCACCACACAGCGAAAGAGAACAAAAGGCUGUAAUCACAAUUCUUGAACCAGUAGUCCGUGAUAAUGGUAUUCUUUCAAGGAAUAUACAAGAAGCUGAAUCUAUAAAACCGAAGAAACGUAAGGUUAAAAAAUCAUUAGAAUUAGAAAAACUAGAUAAAGAAGUAGAAGAAUAUAAAUAUGAACCAGAAAAAGUAGAUGAAGAGUUUAGAAAGAAACCUGAGCCUAAAAAGAAAGUAAAAGCGAAACCUGUUCUUAUGAAAAUCGUACGCAUUUCUAUUGCACCACAAAAACCAAAAAUUGUAGAUGUUACUACUGAUGUGAUUAACUUCGCUGAGAUAAAGUUAAGAAAACCCACUAAAACUGACAGAGCACAACCAGAAAGUGUAAAACUACCAAAGUUUACUUUAAAAAGCAGAAUUGUCCAUGUUGAUUUCCCACCUCUUUCAGAAAGUGAGCAAAAGCCAAUUAUUACAAUACUAGAACCUGUGAUUAAGGAUAAUGGAGUGAUUUCAAGAAACGUUGAGGAUGCUUUAGACGUAAUAAAGACAAAGAAACGAAAAAUGAAGGUGAUUAAAAAACAAAAAAUACCUCUAGAAAAACCAGAAUUUGAGAUCGAAGAACCCGAAAAGACUGAAGUAGAAGAUGUAACAGAGGAACAACCAAAGUAUCAAAGAAAACAAAAGCCGGAAAAGGAAGAAAAGCCUGAUGAAUCCGUUACUAUCAAAAUUGGAAAAGGUAAAAAACCAACUAAGCCUGAUGAUGCUGAUGAAGUCAUCGUUUUGAAGAAACGUCCUACAAAAGUAGAUGAAGAAAUUCUUGAGCCAACCAAAGUGCCGGAAAAACUUAAAAAAGAAAAUGAAGAUGAAAAACCGAAAAAAGAAGACGAAACUGUCACCGUUCCUCCUUAUGAACCCUACGAUAUUGAUAGAGAUGAACAAGAGAAUCUUGAAUACAAAAAACCGGAAGCUGAAAGUGAAACUGAAGAAAAACCAGAGAAAGAAAAGCCAAAAUAUAAGAGGAAGAAGAAAACAGAACCUACACCAGAAAACAUAGAAAUUCCAUUGAUAAAAGGACAACCAAAACAACCACCUGAAACUGAGGAAGAUGAUGUUAAAUUUAAAAUUCCUAAAAAAGAGAAACCCGAAGAGGAACCAGAUGAAAUAACACUCAAACCAUUCAAGAAACCUGAACAGCCUGAGGAAGAACGACAAGUAGAAGUUGAAUUCACAACUAAAUUGGAACCUAAAAUUAAAGAUAAAGAAGAAGAGAAAAAAUCAAUUAAAAGACCUAAAAUUCCAUUGACAAAAGAAAAGAAAGACAAAAUACCAAAACUUAAGAGUAGAAUUACUCAUAUAGAAUUUCCUCCUGCCUCUGAAUCUCAAAGAAAACCAAAUAUUAGUGAAUUACCACCAGUUUACACUGAAGCUGGAGUCCUAUCAAGAAAUAUUAAAGAGGCAGAUAAAGUACCAAAGCCAAAAAAGAAAAAGGUAAAGGAGGUUGAUAAUUUAGAAAAAUUAGAUUUAGAGCUGGCUGAAUUAAAGAAAAAGGAUCUGGAAGAAGUGGAUGAUGCUUUUAAAUAUGUAAAGAAACCUAAGGAAAAACCUAAAAAAGAAGUAGAGAAACCAAAACCAUCAACACCGUCAUCAGUUGAAGAACCUAUUGAAGAACUAAAACCAACAGUAGAAGAAAUAACUAAACAGGAACCUAAAGUAGAAGAAAUUCAACCGACACCUGAAGAGAAAAAGCCUUUAAAGAAGAAAGUAAUUCCACCCAAAAAAGAAGAGAAAGCAAAAUUACCUAAGCUUAAGAGCAGGAUUGUUCAUGUAGAUUUUCCACCUAUUUCAGAAGCUGAAAGAAAGCCUAUUUUAACAACUUUAAAACCGGUAACGGUCGAAAAUGGUAUAAUAUCCCGCAAUGUUGCCGAAGCUGAGAAAUUGAAAAAACCAAAACGCAAAAAAAUUAAAGAUGAUGAAAAAGUACUUACAGAUUUAGAAAAAUUAGAUUUAGAAAUGGAGGAAUUGAAGAAAAGAGAACUAGAAAAGGUCGAUGAUACUUUUAAAUAUGAAAAGAAACCUAAAGAAAAACCUGAAACAACCAAAGAAGAUACAACUUUGAAAAUAGGUAAAGGUCAGAAGAAAGAUACACCUGUAGAUGUUGAUGACACAGUUAAACUCAAGAAAACUCCUCAAAAACCGGAGGAAAAGGUAACAGAAGACACAGUUAAAGAAAAGAUCGUUAAACCAGACAUACCUUUAACUAAAGAAAAAUCUGAAAAAGAAAGUGAAAAAGUUCCACCUUUUGAACCAUUUGAAAUUGAAAGAGAUGAUUUUGAAAGAGAAAAAUUGGAAUCUCCAGAAAAGGAGAUACCAGAUAAAGAAAAACCAGAAAAACCAAAAUCAAAAUUAAAAAAGAAGCCAAAAGAGGAACCUACUCCUGAAAAUAUAGAAAUUCCAUUAGUUAAAGGCAAACCUAAAGAACCACAACCAGAGGAAGAAGAAGAAGUGAAAUUUAAAAUACCCAAGAAACCCAAACCUGAGGAACUACCUGAAGAAAUUAAAUUAAAACCGUUUAGAAGACCAUCUAAAGAAGAGAAAACGUUUGUAGUUACUGAAUAUAGACCUGAACCACAGGAAGCUAAAGUUGUUGAAAGAAAAGAUGAUGAGGAUUUGUCAAUAGAGAUUCCAAUUCCUGACGAUACAAGUGCAAAGAAGAAAAUUAAAAAGAAACCGAAAGUAAAACGUUUGGAAACUCCAGAAGAUACUAAACCAGAAGUAUCUGUGGUUGAAUCUGAAGAGCCUAAAAAAGUUCCUGAACCAGAAAUACCUGAAAAAGAAAUUCCGGAUGAAGAAGAAAAACCCAUUGCACAGGAAGAAACACCUAAGAAAGAAAUUCCGGAAUCGGUUGAAGAAAAGAUUCCGUCAGAAGAUAUUCCCGAUGAUAUUCCCGCAGAAUUUGUAAUGAAGAAAAAACCUGCAAAGAAAAUAGUAACUCCAGAAGUAGAAGAAGAAGAAGAAGUUGCCGUAAUUAUUAAAAAGAAGAAGCCACCUGUUACCGAAGACAAUGAAGUCGCAGCAGAAAUUACGAUAAAAGAGGAACUACCACAACCUACAAUUCAAAAAGAAUUUGAUGAAGUAGAAGCAGAGUUUACUAUUCAAGAACAAAUCCCAGAAGCGCCAACUGUAGAAGAAGAAACAGAAAUCACCGUUAAAAAACGUAAAAAGCCUAAAAAGGAAACCGAAGAGGAAAUAAAAAUACCUAUUCCAGAUGAGACAGCUGAGGAAAUUAAAUUAAAGAAGCCUGUCAAAAAAGUCUCUGAAGAAGCUGCGGAUGAAAUUACUAUUAAAAAACUUGAACCAGAAAAACAAAAGGAUGAAGAAACGACUGAAGAUGUGGAACUCAAAUUUAAAAUACCUAAAAAGAAAACAUCUCCUAAAGUUGAAGAAGAGGAAGAAGUACAAGUUCCUCCUAAAACAAUGAAAAAAGAAGAUGAGGUUCAAGAAACAAUUAAAAUAAAGAAACCUAAAAAAGCACCAACAGAGGAGGCUUCUGAAGAAAUUACUAUUAAAAAAAUUGUACCUGAAGAACCACAAGAAAAACCUGAAGAAGAUGUUGAAGUUCAAUUUAAAAUACCCAAGAAGGAAACAGAAGAAGAACAAAUAGAAGUACUUCCUAAACCAAAAGAAGAAGAUGAAACCGAAGAAACAAUUGAAAUAAAGAGACCUCAAGAACCAUUAACUGAUGAAGCAGCAGACGAAAUUAACAUUAAGAAAAUUGUACCAGUUGAACCAGAAGAAGAGCCAAAUAAAGAUGAAGUUAAAGUAAAGGUACCAAAAAAGAAAAAGACUCCCAAAGUAACAGAGGAAGAAGAAACAAAAAUUCUCCCAAAACCGAAGAAAACAGAAGACGAGGUUGAAGAGACUAUUGAAAUUAAAAAGCCGCAAGAGCCCCCUACAGAAGAAGCUUCAGACGAAAUUACUGUGCAAAAAAUAAUACCAGUAGAAUCACCAGAAACUGAAGAAAUCAGUGUUAGUAUCCCGAAAAAGAAAAAACCACAUCCUGAAGACACAGAGUCUGCUCCUAUAUCCAAGGUAUGUGAGGAUUCUGUGGAAGAAACUAUUCAAUUGAAGAAGCCGAAAGGUAAACCAGCAGAAGAUGCUGCUGAGGAAAUAACUAUUAAAAAAGUUGUUCCUGAAACAACAGAAGAAGACACCGAAGUAAUUAUACAACCAAAGGGAGAAGAAGAUGAGGUAGAAGAAAAAUUAGUAUUGAAAAAACCUAAGGAAAAACCAGAUAAUGAAGCUGAAGAUGAAAUAACAGUAAAGAAACUUGUGCCUCAGAAAUCGGAUGAGGACAACGUAGAAGAAAAAAUUACAAUUAAGAAAAAGAAAGUAAAGAAACCAGAACCUCAAGAUGAUGAAGAGACUAUAACAAAAGUUGUUCCCCAACCCAAACUUGAAGAUGAAUCUGCUGAUUUAAGUCUAAAGAAAUCUAAAGAAAAGAUCCCAGAGGAGGGUAGUGACGAAAUAUCUAUUAAGAAAUUUGUUCCAACUGAAAAGGAAGAAGAAGUUGAAGACGCAGUUGUCACUAUUAAAAAGAAACCGGAGAAAUCUGAAGAACCAGAAGAACCAAGUGCUGAUGUAACUAUUAGAAAACCUUCUAAAGGACCAGAGCCCUCGGAAGAACUGUCAAUUUCUAAGAAACCCGAAAGAAAACCUUCAAUUGCAGAAGAAUCGGAAGAAAUCACGAUACAACGACUGAAACCAGUCAGAAGACCAUCAAAGCCAGAAGAGAAAGAAGACGAACCUGUUACAGUUACAUUUAAACCACGUUCAAAGAAAACCAAAGAAGAAGUUGAACAAGAAUUUAAAAUUUCUUUGGAUCAAUAUCAAGAAGAAGAAAUAUCUCUUUCUAGCAAAAUUAAAUUACCCUCAAGAAGGCCAUCAACAUAUGCAGAAGAAAGUGGAGAAGCUUCCAUCAAAAUUACAAAGGAAAUUGAAGAUGAGGGACCUAUUAUUGAAGAAAUUAUUGAUGAGGGUAGUGAUGCCGAGGAACUUCCUUAUGAUGACGACCAAGUAUCGGAAAAUUUCCACCUUGUAUUUAAGAGAAAACCAUCUCGUAAAUAUUCCGUUGUGGAAGAAAAUGAAGAAGACGUUAGUUUGAAUUUGAAGAAACCCGUAAAACAAGAGGAUGUAUCUACAGAGUACCAAGAACAGACUGUUACAUUGAAACCUAAACGCAAACCUUCACAACCAUCAUUUGAUCAAGAAGCAGCGUCUUUGGAGAUUACAAAAGAAGUUGAAAUAAUUAAGGAAACGGAAAAAAUAAUUGAAGAAGUUCAUAAGGGAGACAUUUAUUAUGCCAUUUACAUUUACGAAGCAGAAGCUGGUCAAGCUAUUGACAUGGUUGAAGGAGAGAAAGUAUAUGUCAUUGAAGCUCACAGUACAGAUUGGUGGUUCGUCAAGAAACAUCUAACUGAUGAGUCUGGAUGGGUUCCAGCUCAAAUACUCAUGGAGGAGGAAAAAUAUAUCGAAUAUGUUCAAAAGAAACUAAAUGAAAAAAUAGACAAACUGCCCAUAUUAGAAAAGCCAAAACUGGAAGAAACACCUCAGGCACCUAAAUUUGUUGAGAAGUUGAAACCUAUUUCAUCUCCCGAUGGUUAUACCGUAGUAUUCAAAACUAAAGUUAAAGGUUUCCCACGACCUCAAAUAACGUGGUUCAAACAAACUUCAGUAAUCAAAUCGUCAACGGAUUACCAAAUGUACUACGACGAAGAAAAUGUAGCUACAUUAAUUAUAAAAGAGGUAUUCCCAGAAGAUGCAGGCACUUUUACGUGUGUUGCUAAGAAUUCAGCAGGUUUUGCUUCUUGUUCAACUGAACUUACUGUAGAAUAUCCACUAUCAAAUCAUGGAACAGAUUUAACCGUGUUUACAAGAAAAUCAUUAAAUCGACAAGCGUCAUUCAGUGAUAUCGUCGAAGGUUUACCCCCAACAUUCACAGAAGAGCCCAAAUCUAUCAUUAUUAAUGAAGGUAGUGAAACCACAGUUGUAACUAAAUUAUUAGCUUCGCCCAAACCAGAAGUUAAGUGGUACCGAAACGGUAAGAGAAUAACUACAAAGGAAAAUAUUACGAUUGAAACUACAACAACACGCCAUCACGAAUACACAAGUAUUCUUAAAAUUAGUAAGACCAAAAAGACUCAAGAAGGAAUUUAUAAAGUAGUUGCCAAAAAUAAAGUUGGUGAAGCGUCUGUUAAGUUCAUCAUAAAAGUAGAAACAGGUGAAGAUGAGGCACCACAAAUUCUUAAACCCUUACGAUCAACUACGGUGAAGAAAUCAGAUAAUGUAACUCUCAAGGCCACCAUUUGUGGUUCACCUAUUCCUACAAUCAAGUGGUUUAAAAAUAAUAAGCCACUUCCAGAAGAAAAUGCGAAAAGAGAUGGUGAUACGUACUACUAUAAUAUUAAUCGUGCAACAUUGGAUGAUACCGCAGAAUAUACCAUUAAAGCUACAAACAGAAAUGGUACUGUAGUUACCACUGCAUCAGUGACUGUUGAAGAUUACCCAGAAGAUGCUGAACCACCUCUAUUUGUUGAGCGUUUCGAAGAACAAAACGUUCCAGAAAAGGGUGUUCUAAGGUUAAGCGCCAAAGUAACAGGUAAUCCAACUCCAGAAAUAACAUGGUUAAGAAACAACAAGAAAAUAGAACCAUCAGACCGAGUAAAGAUUCAUUUUAAUGGUACCAACAUUGAACUAAUCAUCCACGAAACCAAUUCCGAAUUGGAUUCUGGUGAUUACAAAUGCAUCGCCACAAAUCCACUAGGCCGAGCAUCUCACGGAGCUAAAGUCUCAAUUGAAGUGGACGAGGUUAAAUUCACGAAGAAAUUGAAACGCGUUUACGAAACCAUCGAACGAGAGACUGUUGAAUUGGAAUGUGAGACUUCGCAUUCGGUGAGGACGAAGUGGUGGUACAAUGAUACCGAGAUUACUGGGUUAGAUCACAGAGUUGUAAUUCAAGAUGGCAGGACACAUAAAUUAAUAAUCAAGAAAAUCACUAAGAAUGACGAGGGAAGUUACAAAUGUACUGUUAAAAAGCAGAAAACUGAAACGACCGUCAACGUCGAACAAGUGAAACUCGAAUUUAUUCGCAAACUACAAGACUUAGAAGUGACUGAAAAGGAACUGGCUAUUUUAGAAGUUGAAAUUUCUUCAGACACAGCUGAUGUUGUCUGGCGUAAAGAUGGAAUAGCCUUGAAUAACUUAGAUGAUAAAUAUACAUUUGAAAAGGAUGGAGGUAUAAGGAAACUUAUUAUUAGGAAAACAAAUAUCCAUGAUGAAGGAGAGUACACAUGUACUUUAGAGAAGCAAGAAUGCAGAUGCGAAUUAACAGUAAUCGAACUUGCACCCGAAAUAAUUACACCAUUGCAAGAUCAGACUGUCAAGAAAGGAGAGAAAGCUGUAUUUGAGGUUGAAAUUUCUAAAGGGGAUGCUUUAACCAAAUGGUACAAGGAUGACGUUGAAAUACAAUUUUCUGAACACAUUCAAUUGUCAAUAGACGGUAAGAGACAAAAACUCAAGAUAUAUGACAGUACACCAGAGGACGAAGGGGUUUAUAAAGUACAGGUUGGACAACAAAAUUCCACUGCAAAUCUGAAAGUUAGAAUUCCAACUAUCCUCUUCCUCUCAGAACUGCCCGAAUGGACAAUUGUCCCUACAAACACUAACGCCGAGUUUACAGUAGAAAUAUCUCGAGAAGAUGCUGAAGUUAAAUGGUUGCGUAAUCGCAAGGUCUUGGAAUCAUCUUCUAAAUACACAAUAACAUCCGAGCGUACAUUCAGAAAACUGGUUGUAAAUAAAUCAACGACUGAUGAUGAAGCUGAGUACACGUGUACCGUGGAGACAAUAUCAACAUCUUCUAAACUGAAGGUGGCAAAUAAACCAUCACCACCAAGAGGUCCUCUGGAAGUUUCCGGUAUGUCAGCUACAUCAUUCACCAUACAAUGGCAGCCUUCAGAAAGUGAUGGCGGAGCUCCGAUAAUAGAAUAUAUUGUUGAAAUAAAGGAAGCCAAAUCUAAGAAGGAGUUUAAGAAAUUCGGCGCCACAAAGGGAGACGUUACAAACAUUCCAAUUAAUUAUUUAGAAAAAGAUAAAGGUUAUAACUUCAGGAUUACUGCAAGAAAUGCCAUUGGUGUUAGUGACCCGUACUUACCCGAAGAGACUGUUGUUGCAGGAUCACGAAUUACCCCACCAUCUCCACCAGAAAAUGUUAGAGUAAUUGAUAUAACAAGCAGAAGUGCCACAUUGACUUGGGAACCACCUUUACACGAUGGUGGAUCUGAGAUAAUAGGAUAUGUCGUAGAAAAGAAACUUGAAUUCAUGCCAAAAUGGGAAAAAGUUGCUACGCUGGAGGCGUAUACGCUUAAAUACACCUUCGAAAACUUGAAAGAGAAGAGCGACUAUGUGUUUAGAGUCUUCGCAGAAAAUGCUGUUGGAUUAAGUCCUCCGGCUACCUCACAAGUUGUUAAGAUGCGAUCUCUAGCAACUGUGCCGUCGCCUCCAACACCUCCUCUAGAGAUCAGAACGAUUGGACCAAACGCAAUUGUUGUUGAAUGGGGAGUACCAGAAUCGGAUGGUGGUUCCCCAUUAACUGGCUACAAUAUUGCCAUUAGAGAUACCAGAAAGACUAUGUGGAUGGAAAUCGGUAGGGUUUCCAAGGGUGUUCUGAAAUACACCAUUCGAGAUCUUCAGGAGGACCAUGACUACAUGAUAAGAAUAUUCGCCAAGAAUGAGAUCGGCUUAAGUGAACCGCUGGAAUCAGAUGAGCCAUUUAAGGUUCUACCAUCAGGAGAUGCCGAUCAAGAAGAAUUCAAAGAAGUUACCGAACACGAACCCACAUCAUACAGCUCAGAAAGUUUGCCAACAUCGUCUUGGUUACGUGAAGCAAAUAUGGAUGCAGAUAUUCGUUCAUACGCAAAAGGAAACUUACUCAAGAAGGAUGAGUACUUCUUCCGUAUAUGGUGUUAUGCCACCAAGCUAUUUAAAUAGACUUACUAUAAAUACUAUAUUAGAUGUACAUAAUUUUAGAUAUAUUUUUUACUCGAUAAUGGACUUACAAAAAGUUGUUUCGUAUUAGAGUGUUGUUAUGACGAUUUGCGAAUUGCGAGCUAAACAAGAAUAAUCCACUGUAAUAACAUGGCUCUAAUACAAACAACAGGAACAUGAAUUCUUAUAAAAAGGAUACGUACUGUGAUACUGAUUAAGAAUGUACCUAUUUAGAGUGAGGAUUGUGCCUCAAAAAUACGAAUACGAAAAAUAUGAAGAAUAUUUGCUUUGCAGUAAAUUUAAUUGUAUACGAAAUAUAUUUACUCAUUGACUUAUUUGUUUGUUUGUGCAGUGCUAUAUUUAUUUUAAAGUCGUUAUAAUAAUUAUAUAAUAUUUUCAAUGGUCAUGGACAAAAUUUUUAAAAAUAAUCGAGAGAGAAAAUAUAGGUGCAAAUAAAAUAUAUUUUUAAAAAAAUUGUUUAUAGACCAUUGUUAUUGUUCAGUUAUUCAAUAAACGAUAAAAAUUCA